GUCUGCGUCUGCAGAGGUCCUGCCGCCCUGGAAGCAGGCGGGCUACGCAUCUGAAGCAGUCUACGCAAGCGUGACCGGCAUGGCCAUGGCGAGCAGCGUGACCGGCGUUGCCACGGCGACCAGUAUGACCAGUAUGACCAGUAUGACCAGUAUGACCAGUGUGAGCAGCGCCAGCCAGCUUCAAGUGGAGAAACACUGGGAGCAGCAGGUCACCGCCACCAGAGAGGAGGCGGCUGCCGUCCCCACCGGAGGUCAGGAGCCCGUCGUUCCUCCCACGCUGGUCGCUGGUCUGAAGAACGUGACGGUGACGGAGGGCGACUCGGUGACCCUGGAGUGCCAGAUCAGUGGCCAGCCGGCUCCCAGCAUCCUCUGGUUCCGAGAGGACUACCGGAUCGAGAGCUCCAUCGACUUCCAGAUCAGCUACGUGGGCGGGACCGCCCGCCUGGUGAUCCGCGAGGCCUUCGCCGAGGACAGCGGGCGCUUCACCUGCACCGCCAGCAGCCAGGCGGGCACCGUCAGCACGUCCUGCUACCUGCUGGUCAAAGUGUCCGAGGAGAUCGAGAGCCGAGAGGAGACGGCCGUCACCGUUGGGGGGGUCAGUCAGGAGAGAACCGUUACCAUGGAGACAAAGGAACAGACGGUGGUGGAGGUGAGCACCGGCGAGGCCGCCGCUCCCUUCUUCAUCCGUAAACCGACAGUCCAGAAGCUGGUGGAGGGAGGGGGGGUAGUCUUCGAGUGCCAGGUCGGAGGAAACCCCAAACCUCACGUCAUGUGGAAGAAGAGCGGCGUGCCGCUCACCACCGGAUACAGAUACAAAGUCAUCUAUAAGAAGGAGAGCGGGGAGUGCCGCCUGGAGAUCUCCAUGACCUUCGCCGACGACGCGGGAGAGUACGCCAUCUUUGUUAAGAACCCCCACGGAGAGACCUCGGCCUCGGCCGCCCUGCUGGACGAAGAGGCCUAUGACGCUUUUAUGAAGCAACAUGACGUGACAUAUAAAACUGAAGUGACUACGACCGUGGUCCAGGAGCCGUCCGUGGUCGUGACCCAGUACGAGCAGGAGCAGAGGAGGACCACCACCCCUAUGAGCUUCGUCUCAGAAACGGAGUUUCUGGUUUCUGCCUUCGAGGAGCGGAUCAUCCAGGAGAUCGAGCUGCGGAUCCUGAGGAUCAGCUACAGAGAGCUGGUGACGGAGGACGGAGAGCUGAUGGUCACGGCGCCGGAGGAAGAGGCGCUGCAGCCCGCCUUCGACACGCCCGUCAAAAACUACAGAAUCAUGGACGGCAUGGGCGUCACGUUCCACUGCAGGAUGGCCGGACACCCUCUGCCAAAGAUUGCUUGGUACAAAGACGGCCAGCGCAUCAGGCCGGGGGGGCGGUACCAGAUGGAGGUCCUGCAGGACGGGCGAGCCAGCCUGCGUGUGCCCGUGGUGGUGCCGGAGGACGAGGGCGUGUACACCGCCUUCGCCUCCAACGUGAAGGGGAACGCCGUCAGCUCUGGGAAGCUCUACGUGGAGCCGUCCGGAGCCGUUACACCGCAGAGAUACACCCCCCAGCCCGCCAUGCAGAGGAUCAGGUCCACGUCUCCUCGCUCUCUGAGCCGGUCCCCCGGACGUUCUUCCAGCCGAUCACCGGGACGCUCUCCGUCCCGUCGCCUCGACGACACCGACGAGGCUCAGCUGGAGAGACUCUACAAGCCCGUGUUCGUCCUUAAACCUUUCUCCAUCAAAUGCUCCGAGGGGCAGACUGCCAGAUUCGACUUAAAGGUGGUGGGCCGACCGAUGCCCGACACCUACUGGUUCCACAACGGACAACAAGUGACCAAUGACUACACACACAAGAUAGUGGUUAAAGAGGACGGGACCCAGUCCCUGAUCAUCGUUCCGGCCAUGCCACAUGACUCUGGAGAGUGGACGGUCAUCGCCCAGAACAGAGCUGGACGGACGUCUGUCGCCGUUACUCUUAAUGUUGAGGCUCGAGAAAGCGUGGCGCGCCCUCAGUUCAUCGAGAAGCUGAGGAACAUCACCGUGAAGCAGGGCACUCUGGUCGAGUUGGCCGUCAAAGCCAUCGGAAACCCUCUGCCCGACAUCGUCUGGCUGAAGAACAGUGACAUCAUCACCCCACAGAAACACCCACAGAUCAAGAUUGACGGGACUAAAGGAGAGGCCAAAUUCCAGAUUGUGUCUUCUUCAGGCUCGGACAGCGCCUGGUAUACGGCCACGGCCAUUAACAAGGCCGGCAGAGACACGACUCGCUGCAGAGUCAACGUAGAGGUGGACUUCGCCGCUCCUCAAGCCGAGAGGAAGCUCAUCAUCACCAAAGGAACGUAUAAGACCAAGGACAUCGCCGCACCCGAGCUGGAGCCUCUUCACCAGCGGUACGGCCAAGAGCAGUGGGAAGAGGGCGACCUUUUCGACAAGGAGAAGCAGCAGAAACCACUUUUUAAGAAGAAGCUGACUUCUAUCCGAAUGAAGCGCUUUGGUCCGGCUCAUUUCGAGUGCAGACUGACUCCGAUUGGCGACCCCAACAUGGCAGUGGAGUGGCUGCACGACGGCAAACCCCUAGAGGCUGCCAACCGGCUCCGCAUGGUCAAUGAAUUCGGCUACUGCAGCCUGGACUAUGAAGCCGCCUACGCCAGAGACAGCGGCGUCAUCACCUGCAGAGCCACCAACAAGUUUGGAGUGGAUCAGACCUCGGCAACGCUCAUCGUCAAGGACGAGAAGGGCCUCGUCGAGGAUACGCAACUACCCGAAGGCAGGAGGGGUGCGCACCGGAUAGACGAAAUCGAACGCAUGGCGCACACCGGAGGACCCUACGGAGUCACCGGCGACGAAGAAACAGAGAAGAUGAAACCAGAGAUUGUGCUUCUUCCCGAACCAGCCAGGGUCCUUGAAGGCGGCAUUGCACGAUUCCGCUGCAGAGUGACGGGUUAUCCUGCGCCCAAAGUCAACUGGUACCUCAACGGGCAACUGAUUCGCAAAAGCAAGAGAUACCGACUUACCUACGAUGGCAUUUACUACUUGGAGAUUGUUGACGUGAAGUCCUACGACUCCGGCGAAGUCAGGGUGGUUGCAGACAACCCUCUCGGCACAACCGAGCACACGGUGAAGCUGGAGAUCCAACAGAAGGAAGACUUUAGAUCGGUGCUGCGUCGCGCUCCCGAUCAGAAGGCCUCGGAGGCGUCGCACGACAGAGGCGUCGGGUUUGAUGUUGUGAAGGUGGAGCGAGCCAGCGAGUCGGCACAGGACAGAGAAGUCGUGAAGCUGCGCAAGGCACAGAGAGUCGUUCACGAGAAAACCUCGGAGGAGUCGGACGAGCUGAAGAGCAAGUUCAAGCGCAGGACGGAGGAAGGCUUCUACGAGUCCAUCUCCGCGGUGGAAUUCAAGUCACGCAAGAGGGACGACUCCUACGAGGACCUACUGAAGAAGACGAAAGACGAUCUCCUCCAUCGUCUGAAAGAGAAAGAAGAAGCAGAGAGGAAGAAGAUGGAGGAGCAGGGCAAACUUACGAUCCCCACCAUCAAACCGGAGAGGGUCCAGCUCUCCCCGAGCAUGGAAGCACCCAAGAUCCUCGAACGCAUCACGAGCAAGACGGUUGCCCCGCUGGACGAGGUCCGCUUCCAGCUGCGAGUCGUUGGCAGACCGGACCCCGAGUGCCAAUGGUUCAAGAACGGCGUCCUGGUGGAGAAGACGGAGCGGGUCUACUGGUACUGGCCGGAGGAUCACUUGUGCGAGCUGGUGAUCCGAGACGUGACGGCGGAGGACUCUGCCAGCAUCAUGGUGAAAGCCGUGAACGUUGCCGGGGAGGCCUCCAGCCACGCCUUCCUGCUCGUGCAAGGCAAGACGGCGGUGACCUUCACCCAACAUCUGGAGGACGUCAGCGCCAACGAGAAGGACACCAUGGUGACCUUCGAGUGUGAGACCAACGAGCCGUUCACCAAGGUCAAAUGGCUGAAGAACGGCACGGAGAUCUUCUCUGGAGACAAGUACCGAAUGCACUCCGACAGGAAGGUCCACUUCCUGUCUGUGUUGACCAUCGGCAUGAAGGACGCCGCCGAGUACUCGUGUGUGAUCGUAGACGACGAGAGCAUCAUGACGAGCGCCAGGCUCCACGUAGAAGGCGCCACCCUGGAGCUGAGGACACCUCUGGAGGACAUCGAGGUGCCGGAGACGUACGCCGGGGAGUUCGAGGUGGAAAUGUCCCGCGAGGACGCUGAGGGCAGCUGGUUCUUUGGGGACAAGAAGCUGUCUCCCAGCGGCAAGUACAUCAUGUCCUCCCGCCGGGGGAGACAGACGCUGUCCAUCAGAGAUGUGAGGAAGGAGGACCAGGGGAAGUACAGCUUCGUGUGCGGAGACCUGAGGACCAGCGCCUCGCUCAAGAUGAAACUCCGCCCCGUCACCCUGAUGCAGCCUCUGACCGACCUGACGGUGUGCGAGGGCGACAUCGCCCAGCUGGAGGUCCGCUUCUCGCAGGAGAACGUGGAGGGCAGCUGGAUGAAGGACGGCGUGUCCGUCUCGGCGUCGGACCGCGUCCACAUCGUCAUCGACAAGCAGGUCCACAAGCUGCUGCUGGAGAACGUCACCCGGGACGACGCCGCCGCCUACGCCUUCGUGGUCCCCGCGCAGGACAUCUCCACCUCGGGCAGACUCAGCGUCCAGACGAUCGACAUCGUGGGUCCUCUGAAGGACGUGUCCUCGGUCGAAGGCACCAAGGCGGUCCUGGAGGCCAAGAUCUCGGCCCAGGACGUCAGCUCCGUCAAAUGGUACCUCAAUGACAAGAUGCUGUUGCCUAGCGACCGCAUCCAGAUGGUUGCCAAGGGAGCCAAGCAGCGACUGGUCUUCAGCAGGACGUACGCGUCGGACACGGGACGCUACAAGCUGGUGGUGGGGAAGGUGGACACCAGCUGCAGCCUCACGGUCCAGAAGGUGACCAUCGUGAAGCACCUGGAGGACAAGGUGUGCUCCGAGUCCCAGAACGUGGCCUUCAGCGUGGAGGUGUCCCACCCCGGCAUCGACCCGGUCUGGACCUUCAGGAACCAGACGCUCAAAGCCGGACCCAAAUACAAGAUGGAGUCCAAGGGCGUGUCCCACUCCCUGACGAUCAUCGACGCCAUGAAGGACGUGGACGGCCCGUACACGUUCCACGCCGGGGAGCAGACGUCCAGCGCCACGCUCACCGUGUCCGGCGGCGCCAUCACGCGGCCGCUGCAGGACGUCAUGGUGGCUGAGUCGCAGACGGCGGCGCUGGAGUGUGAGGUCGCCAACGCCAACGCCGAGGGCCGGUGGCUGAAGGACGGCCAGCCCGUGGACUUCAACGACAACGUGACCAGCGAGGUGGACGGCGCCGUCAGACGCCUCGUCGUCGCCAUCACCAGACCGCAGGACGUCGGGGAGUACACCUACCAGGUGGCCUCGUCCAAGACCACCGCCAACCUCCGCGUGGAGGCGGUGAAGAUCAAGAAGACUCUGAAAAACCAGACGGUGACGGAGACCCAGGAGGCGGUCUUCACGCUGGAGCUGACCCACCUGGACGUGAAAGGGUCGCAGUGGAUCAAGAACGGCGUGGAGCUGCAGAACAGCGACAAGUACGAGAUCACAUCGGCCGGCGUGGUCCACACGCUGAAGGUCAAGAACUGCAACACGCAGGACGAGUCCGUCUACUCCUUCAAACUGGGGAAGCUGUCGGCCAACGCCAGGCUCAACGUUGAGACGAUCAAAAUCGUGAAGAAGAUAAAGGACGUGACGUCGCUGUUGGACAGCCCCGCCUCCUUCGAGCUGAGCCUAUCACACGACGGCAUCCCCGUCAGGUGGAUGUUUAAAGGCGCAGAGCUCAAGGCGAGCGACAGGUGCAAGAUUGUGUCGGAGCGCAAAGCUCACAAGCUGACCCUGCAGAACGUGGACAGCAGCGACGCCGGGGAGUACACCGCCGUGGUCGGGCACCUGCAGUGCAGCGCCACGCUCACCGUGGAGGCGCUGCGGGUCACCAGACCGCUGAAGAGCGUGAGCGUCCCGGAGACGCAGGUCGCCACGCUGGAGUGCGAGGUGUCCCACUUCAACGUGCCGUCCACCUGGCUGCGGGGGGGCGUUGAGAUCGAGAUGAGCGAGAAGUUCCGGAUCGUGGUUCAGGGGAAACUCCACCAGCUGAAGAUCAUGAACACAAGCCGGGACGAUGCCGCCGAGUACACCUUCGUCUGCGGCAACGACCGCGUCUCCGCCACGCUCACCGUCAGCCCGGUCCUGAUCACGUCCAUGAUGAAGGAUCUGAACGCCCAGGAGCGGGACACCAUCACCUUCGAGGUGACGGUGAACUACGAGGGCGUGAGCUACAAGUGGCUGAAGAACGGCGUGGAGGUCCGGUCCUCGGACCGCUGCCAGGUCCGCAGCCGCCAGCUCACGCACUCGCUCACCAUCCGCAACGUCCACUUUGGGGACGGGGGACAGUACCAGUUCGUGGCCGGCUCCGCCGCCUCGGCCGCCAACCUGUUUGUGGAAGCGCGUGUGAUUGAGUUCACGAAGAAGAUUAAAGACAUAAAGAUCACGGAGAAGAAGAAGGCCGUGUUUGAGUGUGAGAUCUCCGAGCCGAACGUCCAGGUGGUGUGGAUGAAGGACGGACAGGAGCUGGACAUGUUCCAGGACAGGUUCACUGUGACAGCGGAGAAGUUCGUUCACCGUCUGAUGAUCCAGACGGUUCGCAUGUCCGAUGCCGGGGAGUACUCGGUGGUGGCCGGGGCCAGCGUGUCCAAGGCCCAGCUGACCGUGGAGGGCCGCGACAUCCGCAUCUCGGAGCCGGCGGAGCGGGAAAUCACUGUUCUGGAGAAGCAGCGGGCGACCGUAGAGUUCGAGGUGAACGAGGACGACGUGGAGGCCCGCUGGCUGAGGAACGGCGUGGAGAUCCAGUUCUCGGCGGAGGAGCGGUUCUCCUACGUCUGCAUCCGCAGGCUGCACCGCCUCACGGUGUCGGAGACGUACCGCAGCGACGCCGGAGAGUACACCUUCAUCGCCGGCAAGAACCGGAGCGCCGUGCACCUCCGGGUCAACAUCCCGGAGCCGCCGCAGAUCCUUCGCCACAUGGCGCCGCAGUCGGUGGAGGCGGGAAAACCCGCCCGCUUCUCGGUGCAGGUGAGCGGCGUCCCGGCGCCGCAGGUGUCCUGGUUCAAGAACUCCCAGGCUCUGGCCGCCGGCUUCAAGUGCAAGUUCCUCCAGGACGGCGGCGGCGAGCACUCGCUGCUGCUUAUCGAAGUCUUCCCCGAGGACGCCGCCGUCUACAACUGCCAGGCCCAGAACGAGUACGGCACCGCCACCAGCACCGCCGCGCUCAACGUGGAAGUGUCGGAGGUGGUGUCUCCGGACUCGUCUGCGACCGUCGCCCCCCCGGUCGUCAUCUCGCCCGUCGUCAACGCCACGGCCCGCGAGGGGGAACCGGCUCGGUUCCAGUGCCGAGUCCGCGGAGACGAUGUGAGGAUCAGCUGGUUCCACCAGCAGACCGAGAUCAAGCAGUCCGAAUUCUUCCGGAUGUCCCAGUUUGACGACAGCUGCCAGCUGGAGAUCUCCCGGGUCUACCCCGAGGACGAGGGACAGUACACCUGCGUGGCCACCAACUCCGCCGGGACCGUGUCCUGCUCCGCCACGCUGUCUCUGGACGUGACUCACGUGAGAGAGCACAUCGAGGCCAAGAUCGAGCAAGAAGUCAAAGAGCGUUGUAGCACCACCAUCACCACUGUGGAAGAACAAGAGGAAACCUACUACACUGGUGUCCAGUUACCACAGAAAACAAAAACACUUGAACUCAAGCCAGAGCCCAAACAUUACUCUUCCUCUUUUGAGAAGAAAAAAGAAAAGCCAGUUUUCCUUAGCCAGCUUGCCCCAGCAGCUGUAACCAGCGGGGAAACGGCCAGGUUUACCGUCAAAGUGUCCGGCCUUCCAAAGCCGACAGUUCAGUGGUCCCACAACGGAAAAGUAAUUAAGAGCUCCUCCAUUUACAAGCUGAUAGAGACAAAUGAGGAGUACACGUUAGUUAUCACUCAGGUCACGUCUGAGUAUGAGGGCGAGUACUCUUGUACCGCCACCAACAGAUUUGGCCAGACAACAAGCACCACAUACCUCGAAGUGAAAAAGCAGGAUGUUGGCCAGGCGGAGAAAUGGGUGGAAAAGAUGUUUAAAGUCACAGGUCAACCCCCAACCUUUACAGUUCAAAUCCAACCGGUGAGGUGCUCAGAAGGAGGAGAAGUUUCUUUUAAUUACAAAGCCAGUGGUGAUCCAAUACCUGAUGUAAAGUGGUUCAAGGGGGCUUUUCAGAUCCAGCCCAGUAGAAACUAUAUCAUUUUUGCCAACCCAGAUGGAUCUGGUGUCAUUAAUAUAAAGAGUGUCAAACAGGAAGACAGUGGGCUCUAUACUUGUAAGGCCUCCAACCAAUUUGGAGAGGCGUCUUGUAGCGCUGAGCUUGUUGUAUUUAAAGAAUCGAGGAAACAGGAGCAUGUAACCAUGGUUCAGAAGAAAGGUUAUAAGGUUACAACGACAGAACAAGCAACAGAGUCUCGCUUGUACCAGGUCAGCCUUCCAGGUCAGGACAGAUCAGAUCAGAUGGUUUACACCAUCGGUACUGAAGACCGGCAGAUCAUUCCCAGUGAGCAGGUGGGCUCACUUAGAGAAGUAGACAUCUCUGCCGCCACUAUCCAUCGUGAGCAAAUGACCCAUCAGGCAGCAGUGCUUCAGUCUCACGAGAUGGAGGAGAGGGUGUCUGUGGUUCCUACCCAUCCACCUCAGGUUUCAGCUGUUCCUGUGAAACAGCUUCACGUGGCCACGUUCACAUCGUCGGUUGAAGAGAGUCAGGACCUCACUGAGCAGCACUGCGAUCGCAUUCAAAGCCCUGAGGUCAUUGAGCUGCAGGCAGCUAGAGAAAAGAGAUCAAUGGUUAUGUCAGCUGUUGCAGAGGAGCUCACCACGCUUUCUACAGUUAGCACUGAGCCUCUGCCCGACAGGAAGUCUGCUAAAGUCGCGCCCACUUCAGAACCCAAACAUCUAGUCAGUGGGCAUCAAGUCGAGUUGCAGUUGCCCUUCCUUAAAGAGCAGUCUCAGGAGAUCCCCAAACCUCAGGAAGAGAAAGGUUAUAAAGUUAAAGAAGGUGUCAAAAUUUUAUACUCAGUCCAGUCCGCAGAGAAACUGGUGCUUGCAGAGGGCCACACAACUACACUAGCAACAGCAGAUUCUGCUGUAAAGUCUUUAGUUGGGAAAGAACAGCACCGACCUGUCAUGGCUUCAGUUAGCGAGUCCAAACAGACUCUUUCCAAGGAGUCUAAGUUCUCUUUGCAGAAGCCCGUUGAGGAGACAGCCCAUCUUUGUAAGGAUAAAAUGAUGAAAGUGGCUCUGACUGCAGAAGAGAAGCAAAUGUUGCAGGCUGAGCCCACUCAGCAGCUGCCAAGUCUGGACAGUGCCAUGUCCAUUCAGUCCCAGGUAGAAGGCGAGCAGUUGUUGCACCUGCAGGUUAUCACAGAUCAGGACCUCCUUCCAUCUGAGAAGGGCUUCACCUGUGAGAAACCAGAACCAGAGCAGGCAGGAGUCAGGAAGAGUCCCACUCUGCUUCACAGCGUUAGCCAGGAUGAGCAGAGGACAGUUGUUUGUGAGGACACAUCAGAGUUUGAGGCCAAGGCUAGCACCAUGACUAUCCAGCCCCAGAAACAAGCCCCUACUCUUCUGCAUCUUCAGUCAACCCAACCUGUGGAGGCCCUUCCCAAAGAGGGAAUUCUUCUAAUUGAGAAGCCUGACCAGCAGGUUGCAGCGCAGAAACAAGAGAAGGCGAGAAGUCAUGCAGCUACCUCGGAAGAGAGACGGGAGCUCGUAGCAGAUUAUCACACAGAGUUGGAUUUGUCUGUCACUGGCGAUAAGUCUCAGCUUCGAACUGAGCCCAUGCCUCAAAAAAUCCUCCAGCUCUCUUUCCAGCCCAUGCAGCUGCCAAAAGAGACACCAGUUACUACUGACGUUAAGCAGCAGCGAGCUUUGGUGCAAAAGGAGGAUCGCGUCAAUGUGAUGCAUGUCACUAGUGUGGCAGACAAUCGGGCUUUAGAGGAGGGUCACACUGAGAGUCUUACAGCAGUGGAUAAAUUCACCUGCCAGAUGGCUGUAGAGCCAAAACUUCCCACCGAGCCAAUCCAGAUUGAGGAGAAGGAGAUCUCCACCGAGACUAGUGUUCUUCUAGAGGCAGCAGAACAGGACUUUGCUGUUCAGAUCCAAGAGGGCCAGUCAGUCAGACAGUCAAUAGUGAUGGACGAAAAGCAGGUGCUAACGGGGGAGCUCUCUCAGGUGAUAACCAAGUCUGAGUCCGCUAAAGUCGUUGUCACCACACAGCCAAAACUGUCCCUUUUGGCAUCAGAAUCAAAAGACACCACACCUCUUCCCAAAGAGAUGACGUUUGUCAUUCAGAUCCCUAAGCCAUUCAGUCUAAAUAUACGUAAUCAGCUCAGAGACGCCCUUCAGUCUGCUGUGGCCAGAGACCAGCCGGUGUUGCUGGCUGACGUUGUAGGAAGGUUACAAGCUGUAGAAGUACAGGAAGUUAAGGUUCAAAGAGAGCCUAAGAGAGCCAUGUUUACAUACCUGAUCACGACGACAGGUGCUCCCAUGGAGAUAACUUUGGCUUUUGAGGGUAAAUACCCUCAGACAGCUGACCUCAGGACUGAACUCCAGGCAGCCUUCCACUCCAUAGUGUACCAGGAAGCCCACGUUCUUACCUCAGAACAGCCGGGCACUAUGCAGUUAGACAAACCUCAACGGGCGCAGGUCACCUCAACCCGCUCUAAGCAAAUGCUGUCAUCCAUGGUAGAGACUGUGAACGUGGCAGAGAGCGUGGUGGGUUUCACUGCGGUAAGAUCUCAGGCUGCGGCACUCAGGACAGAGUCUAAAAUGGCAGUUGAAUGUGCUGCAGCUGAACAACAGGUUGUGGUGCAGGAAUCUAAAGCAGCAAGGAUGGAGCAGUCCAUCUCAGCCCAGGUACAAAUGUCUACAGAGUCUCACAUGGCUUUUGAGCAGUCAGUGCAGGUUUCAAAGCAGGAGGAUAGGUCAGUUAGGGUGAAAGGCGAAGAGAGGGAUGUAGGAGCAGCUAUGGUUACCACUACCUUGCGUCCAACAACUGUCCCCACCGAACAGGUGGAAAUCAGCUUCCAGAAGGAGCACAGGGAGGAGUUCUUUAAAGAGGAGAGCACAGUUUCCAGGCCAGAGCAGAGAGAAUACCCUGUGGUAGUCACCUCUCUGGAAGACGUAUCCAUCGACGAGGAUAGUAAAAUAACCUUUAGCACCACCAUUAAGUAUGUCACAAAGGUAAACUGGUUUUUCAACGGGCAAGUGGUGAAAUCUGGCAACGAGUUCAAGUGUUCCAAAGACCAUGACACAUACACAUUGGUUAUCAACAAAGUUGUCAAGGAGAGGCAUCAAGGAGAAUAUGUUUGUGAGGCUGAGAAUGAAGCUGGCAGGACCACAACAUCUUCAAGACUCACUGUGGUCUCAAGAGUGCCACCUGUCUUUAGGCAGAAAAUCACACCUCUGGAGAUCAACAUCGGCGGCCAAGCCAAGUUCGAAUGUGAAAUUGAGGAAGCUCCGAGUGUCACCUUCAAAUGGUACAAGUCUGGCAUUGAGAUCAAACAGAGCGACAAGUAUAGGAUCCUCAGCCGGCUCACCAGUUCCUCCCUGGAGCUCCUGAACCCAAUCAAAGCCGACAGCAGUGAAUACACCUGCAAGGCUACAAACAAGCAUGGCACUGACAGCUGCACUGCAUCGCUCAUCGUCACCGAAUUGUACCCACCAAUAUUUGUAUCACAACCAGACCCAAUGACUUUAUAUGUGGGCAAACAAGCUGUGCUCCAGUGCUCACUCACUGGAUCCUCACCCAUCGAAGUUGUCUGGCACAAGGACAACAUAGCCAUCUCCUCCGAAGGGAACUAUGUAAUGAAAUGUGAAAAGAACAAGUAUUCCCUUCACAUUAAAAGUCUUGAGCUGACAGACCAGGGAGUGUACCUGUGCAAGGCCUCCAACAGUGUAGGCACUGCUACUUUUACAACAGAGCUCAAGGUAAUCAAGAAGCCCAGCUUUGUUAAGACCAUUGAGCCAGUGUCAGCUGCUGUCAAUGACGCUCUGAGGCUGGAGUGCCAGGUGGACGAGGACACUGGUGUGACCGUCACCUGGACAAGGGAUGGCAAAAAAGUCCACCUAAGCAUGGAGUGUAAAAUGUCCUUUGAGGACAAGGUGGCUGUUGUUGAGAUACCCAAGUCCAAACUGAAGGACUCGGGUAAAUAUGUUUGCACAGCCACAAAUGAGGCUGGGAGUUCAUCAUGUGAGGCUGUGGUAACAGUUCAAGAGCCGCCUAUCUUUGUUAAGAAAAUGGAACCUAAGAUUACAUGGAAACAAGGUAUAGCUGCACGCUUACAGUGCUCCGUUAAAGGAUCGCCUGAACUUCAUAUCCACUGGUUCUGGAAUGAGAGAGAGCUUGGUGAUGGAGACAAAUAUAAAAUCUCUUUCAAGAAUGGAGUUGCCUCUUUAGAGAUUAUGGACCUUCUGGUCACAGACAGUGGGAGUUACACCUGCGAGGUGUCAAAUAAAGCCGGCAGCGAGAGCUGCAACACUCUUAUAGCUGUGAAAGAGCCCCCAUACAUUAGAAAGGAGCUGCAGACAGUUGAAGCGAUAAAGGGAGCAGCAGCUCAGCUGGAGUGCGAGAUCACAGGAACUGCUCCUUUUGAAAUCAGCUGGUUAAAAAAUAAGAAAGCCAUCUCCAGUGAUCAGAAAUAUAAAAUAUUUGCACAGGAUUCCUUAUCAAGGCUGGAGAUCCAGACCUUUGAUAGUGCAGAUGUUGGAGAUUAUCAGUGUGUCAUAUCUAACGAUGUGGGGAAAGUCUCCACCAAGGCCCAAGCUAAACUUAAAGAACCGCCAACCUUCUCGAAGAGGGUUGAGAGUGUGACAGCGGUGUUGGGAAAUACGGUAAAACUCCAGGGAACUAUUAAGGGAUCAGCUCUCAUCUCUGUAAAAUGGAUGAAAGACUCUGAAACACUGAGAGAUGACGAUCCAAACAUCAAGAUGGUGUUUGAAAACAACGUUGCUAGCUUGUCGAUAACGACAGUGGCCAUCAGCCAUGGCGGCAAGUAUUCGUGCCAAGCUGAGAAUGAGGCUGGUCAACAGAAAUGUGAAGCCUCCUUGACUGUGCAAGAACCGGCCAGGAUUGUAGAACCUGCAGAGUCCAUUAGUGUGACUGCAGGCGAUUCGGCCACAUUGGAGUGUACAAUUUCUGGAAGCCCAGACCUUAAAGUGAAAUGGUUUAAAGACGGAAAGGAGAUGAUCAGUGGGCGUAAAUAUAAGAUGACUCUGAAGGACAAUGUGGCCAGCUUGAAGAUUCUCACGGCAGAAAAAGGAGACACUUCAGAGUAUAAGAUGGAGGUGUCCAAUAAAGUUGGGAAAGCCCAGUGCACAUGCUCAGUCACAAUCUUAGAGCCCCCGGUGUUCACAGCAAAAUCAGACAACCAGGAUGUUAUACCGGGAACAACUCUUUGCUUCAAAACAGCCUUCACUGGAACAGCGCCUUUAGCUGUAAAGUGGUUCAGAGAAGAAAAAGAGAUUACAACUGGAGGCUCAUAUUUCAUAAAGAAAGAUGCUUCUUCAAGCUCUUUGGAGCUUCACUCUGUGAAACCCAGUGACUCGGCGAAAUACACAUGCCAAGUGUCCAACGAUGCUGGGAAGGUGGACUGCACCGCAGUCCUCUUUGUGAAAGAACCUCCCGCAUUCGUGAGGAAGCUUGAGGCGACUAAGCUCGUCACCAGCGGCGACUCCGCCAAGCUGGAGUGCAAGGUGACGGGCAGCCCCGUCAUCGCUUUUAAAUGGUUGAAGGAUGAGAUGGAGAUCAGCUCCGGCCCUAAAUACACAAUGUCCUUGAUUGACUUAGUGGCAGCUCUGGAAAUAGCCAACUGUGCAAUAGAGGAUAGUGGAGAUUAUGUGUGCGUGGCGUCCAGCGAGGCUGGUAGCGACCGCUGCAGCAGCACAGUUACAGUCAAAGAGUCGCCGUUGUUUGUGCGUAGCUUGGAGCCCAAAGAUGUGGUGAAAGGCUCUGAGAUGAUACUGGAGGGCCAAGUUUCUGGCUCCGCCCCUUUCACGGUGUCGUUUUAUAAAAACACGAAGCUGAUUAGGAAUGACAAGAGACACCGGAUCACCGUGAAAGACGAGCUGGUGGCCCUGCAGGUGCUGGCCGUAGAGGCCGGAGACGUCGGUGUGUACCGGUGUAAUGUUGAGAAUGAAGUGGGGAGGGCUUCCUCUGAGUGUCACGUCACGCUGAAAGAAGCACCGUCGUUUGUGAGAAAGCUGGAGAACUUGAGUGUUCUGGUGGGCGGCGAGGCGUCCCUGCAGUGCACCCUGAGGGGCUCAGAGCCCAUGACCGUGUCAUGGACCAAAGACAACCACGAGCUCACAGAGGCUGAAAACAUUCAGAUUUCAUACGAGAACAACGUAGCUCUGCUGCACUUCACCAACGUACACAGUGAGCACGGCGGCAAAUACUCGUGCCAGGCCCAGAACCAGGCCGGGAGCCAGACCUGCUCCGCUGUGCUCACAGUCAAAGAGCCCGCUAAGAUCACAGAGGAAGCCAAGUCCGUGAGCGUGACCCAGGGGGACCCGGCCACGCUGGAGGCCCGCUUCCUGGGCACCAAACCCCUCCGGACCAGAUGGCUGCAGGCCGGCACGGAGCUGACCUCCGGCCCCAGAUAUAAGAUCCACGGCACAGAGACCAGCUCUGUGCUCAAGAUCAUCAAAACGGAGAAGAGCGACAGCGGCGACUACACCUUCGAGGUGUCCAAUGACGCCGGCCGGUGCUCGUGCGACGCCACGCUCACCGUGCUCGAUCAAAUAAUUAUCCCGUCUUUUACGAGAAAACUAAAAAAGACGGAAGGUAUCAAAGGCUCGUUUGCCCACCUGGAGUGCCUGGUGUCCGGCUCGCUGCCGAUCACCGUGCAGUGGUUCAGAGACGAGAAGGAAGUCCAGACGGACGACAGACACAAAUGCACGUUCUUUGAGAACGUUGCUUUUCUGGAGAUCUCUCAUCUCGACAGUAAAGACAGCGGCAGCUACACCUGCAUGGCUCGGAACCAGGCGGGGGCGGUGCAGUGCUCUGGGACGCUGUUUGUCAAAGAACCUCCAUGGAUUCUGGAAAAGCCUGAAAGCAUGAAUGUCUUGCCGGGCUCAAAGGUCCAGUUUAACGUCCUGGUCUCGGGCACACCCCCCCUGACCAUCAAGUGGUUUAAAAACAGGAAGGAGGUUUCCUCCAGUGUCGACUGCUCUGUGAUCAAAGACAACACCUCAAGCUCCCUGGAGCUUUUCUUUGCCAAAACCUCAGAUUCUGGAGAGUACGUCUGUGAGAUCCAGAACGAUGUGGGCUCCACGUCGUGCCAGGCUACGCUCUUUGUCAAAGAGCCCCCUAAGUUCACACGAACGCCGGCGCGCGUGUCCGUGGUCCGUCCCGGUCAGAGUAAAGUGUUUGAGUGCCAGGUGACGGGCACACCUGAGAUAGACGUGUACUGGUUCAGGGAGGGCUCUGAGAUCAGCCCCAGCGCCCGGUACACCAUGGCCUUUGUUAACUCUGUGGCCACGCUGGAGAUCCGGGGGACGGACGUUAAAGACAGCGGGCUGUACUACUGCGAGGCUCGCAAUGAGGCCGGCAGCGAGAGCUGCAGCAUGGACCUAAGGGUCAAAGAACCGCCAUCAUUUAUUAGAGAGCUGGCCCCAGCUGAUGUUGUGCAGGGCGCCGCUGCUUGUUUUGAGUGUCAGGUUGCUGGGACUGGUCCGUUUGAGAUAACAUGGCACAAAGAUGCCAAGGAGAUCAAACCCAGUGCCAAACAUGGCUUCUCCCAGAUCAGUGACGCUGUGGGUCUGGAGGUGCACAAAUGUGACGCUGUAGAUGUUGGUGAAUACCAGUGCACGCUGGCCAACGAGACGGGAACCUGUACUUGUAAGACUACGCUAAGCCUCAAAGAACCACCAACAUUUACCAAGAGGAUUGAAAACACUGCCACCGUUCUGGGUAAAAUGGCAGAAUUUCAGUGUGUUGUCAAGGGUUCUCCCACUCUCUCUGUACAAUGGCAAAAAGAUGAGAACUGGAUUUUGGAGGAUACAAAGAUCGAGAGAACAUUUGAAAACAAUGUGGCGUCUCUCAGAAUACCUGCCUGCGAGGUGACACACAAUGGGAAAUACACCUGCCAGGUGGUAAACGAGGCUGGGCAGGACAAGUGCUUUGCCACGCUAACGGUGCAAGAGCCUCCUCAGAUCACAGAGAAACCUGAAGUGAUAAAGGUUACAGUCGGAGAUCCAGUCAGUCUGGACUGUAAGGUAACAGGCUCCCCUGAACUCAAAGUGAAAUGGAUGAAAGAUGGCAGGGAGCUUCAGUCCAUCAGGCAGCACAAGCUGAUCUUUGAGAAUAACAUCAGCAGCCUAAAGGUCCAGUCCGCUCAGAAAGAGGAUGAAGGAGAUUAUGUCUUUGAGGUGUCAAACCACAUCAGUAGCUGCACCUGCAAAGUCAAAGUGAUCGUGCUAGAACAAGUAAUUGCCCCGAGCUUCAUCAAACCCCUGGUAGACAUGAAAGAGAUCUUGGGCUCCUUUGUUCAGAUAUGUUGCAAAAUAUCUGGUUCCCUCCCCAUCUCUGUGGAAUGGCAGAAAGACGGGACCAAAGUCUCUAGUGGUGUAAAACACAAACUCAUUCAGCAGGACAAUAAUGUGUCCAUUGAAAUUGAACAGCUGGAGAGAUCUGAUGCAGGCUCCUACUCUUGCAAACUGACCAACGCAGCAGGAAGUUGCAACUGCAGUGGAUCCCUCGUGGUUAAAGGUUAGAAAUCCCAGGCGGCUCUACCAAAUGGCACUGUUCGCUUCAAGGGCACUUUUAAGGGAACGCCACCCUUCACGGUCAAAUGGUUCAAGGACAAGACUGAGCUCAUGACCGGGCCCACUUGUUUCACAGGGCUGGAGGGACUGUCUUGCUUCUUAGAGCUCUAUUCAGUGGGUGUCACCCAGAGUGGAGUUUACUCUUGCCAAGUCAGUAACGAUGCUGAACCACCUGAGUUUCUGCUGAAACUCCCUGCCACUAAGUUUGUGAAGCAGGGUGAGUCACUCCGCCUGGAGUGCAAAGUGAGUGGUACAGCCCCUCUAAAAAUGACCUGGUACAAACACGACACCAAGGUCACAGAUGGGGGCAACUACAGGACAUCAUUUGUUGAUUCAGUAGCGGUCCUGGAACUGGGCCUUGCCAGCUUUGACGAUGAUGGCGUUUACACCUGUGAAGCUCAGAAUGAUGCUGGCAGUGUCAGCUGCAGCACCACCCUUACCGUUAAAGACCCGCCAUCUUUUGUCAAAGUACCUCAGCCCGUUGAAGGGCUGAAGGGUAAGGACGUGAGUCUGUACUGCGAGAUGAGCGGUACAGCUCCGUUCCAGAUCACCUGGUUCAAAGACAGGAAACCUCUGAUGGAGAGCAGGAAGUUUAAGAUGGUGAGCGAGGGCAGCUCGGCUACGCUGCAUAUCAUUGGGAUAGAGCCCUUGGAUGCCGGCGAAUAUGAGUGUAAAGUGUCAAACAGUGUAGGAAGUGACACCUGCCAGACAGCCGUUAAACUCAGAGAGCCGCCGUCGUUUGUGAAGAAACUGUCCAACAUGACAGUGAUACUGGGAGAGGAGGUGACCCUUGUGGCCACUGUUAAAGGCUCUGAACCCAUUACUGUGUCCUGGGUUCAAGACAAGGAUCACAUUCUCAGGGACGGUGACAACAGGAAAAUCACCUUUGAGAACAACCUGGUCGCUCUUAAAGUCUUUAAGGCUGAUGCAACCACGGCAGGCAGAUACACCUGCCAACUCAAAAAUGAUGCUGGGAGUGUGGAGUGUUUCGCUAACUUGACUGUUCUAGAACCUGCUAAAAUAGUGGACAAGCCCGACGCUCUGAGCGUGACAGCCGGCGACAUGGCUGCCCUGGAAGUCAAAGUGUGCGGCACCCCGGCGCUCAUACCGAAGUGGUUCAAGGACGGUGUCGAGCUGGCUUCUGGGAGGAAAUACAAAAUAUCAUUUUCUCAGAUGAUUUCCAGCCUGAACGUUCUCUCCGCGGAGAAAGUAGACUCUGGAGAAUACACGUUUGAGGUUAUGAACGAGGUCGGGAAGGACCUGAGUAGAAUUAACCUCACUGUCUUAGACAAGACCGUUCCUCCAACCUUCUCCAGAAAAUUGAAGGAUUGCAACGCCAUCUUUGGAACAGCUGGAGAGCUGGAGUGCAAAGUGUCGGGCUCCCCCCCGUUCACCAUCUCCUGGUACCACGACGGGGAGGAGAUCCAGAGCGGACCCAAUCAUGAGAUUUCCUUUAGCAACAACAGCUGCUCACUGAGGGUGUCCACGCUGAGCCUUUCCGACUCCGGGGCGUACAAAUGCAAAGCCGUCAACAAGGCGGGGUCCAGCGAAACCACGGCAACCCUGGUGGUCAAAGAACCUCCGUCCUUCGUUGUGCCACCGCAGCUGGUGGACGCCAUGCCCGGCUCCGACGUCACCUUCUCCGCCAUGGUGAAGGGCAGUGCCCCCCUCAAGCUGAAGUGGUUCAGAGGAACCAAGGAGAUCUUGGUGGGCCGGGGCUGCAACUUCUCCCUGAAGGACAACCAAGUCCUGCUGGAGCUGAUCAGCGUGGACCGGUCCCACGCCGGGGAGUACACAUGUCAGAUCGUCAACGACGCUGGAAAGGAAAGCUGCGCCGUUAAUCUCACCGUCAAAGAGCCGGCGACCUUCUCCAAGAAGCUGAAGGACGUGUCGGUGGAGAAGGGCAAACCGGUGACGCUGGAGUGCCUGUACACCGGGACGCCUAAAAUCACCGUCACCUGGUACAAAGACGGCCAGGAGGUCUUCGCCUCCUACAAACACAACAUCACCACCACGGAGAGCUCCUGCAUCCUCGAGUGCCUGAGCACCGACGACAAGGACGCCGCCGGGACGUACUCCUGCCGAGUGUCCAACGACGCAGGGACGGACACGUGUGGCGCAGCCGUGUCCAUCCUCGAGCCGCCGUACUUCGUGGAGUCCCUGGCGCCCAUGGAGGUGACGUCCGGGGACGGCGUGUGUCUGAAGUGUCAGGUGGCGGGCACGCCGGAGAUCAAGGUGUCCUGGUUCAAGGCGGACGGGAAGAUCCGGUCCAGCCCCACCUGCAGGCUGGAGUACACCAAGGGCGUGGCCUGUCUGAAGCUCAGCAAAGCCAGCAAGGCCGACGUGGGAGAGUACACCUGCCGGGCCGAGAACCAGAUCGGCUCCGCCUCCUCCACCUGCAGACUCAGCGUGGCAGUCCUCGGCUCCUCGAUGAAGAACAGGUUUUCCAGUUUCUUGGCCGGUGCGGCCGCCGGCGUCUCAGCUGGAGCCGGAGCCGCUUUCUCUGAAACAACAACCACAACAACCCCAUCACCCUCGGCUCAGGUGGGACAGGCGGUCAGACCCUCCUCUGCAGAGCUGAGGAGGAAGGUCCACACCUCCCCAAACCAACCGCACCUUAAAUCCACCAAACGAGGUAGAUGUGAAUCCGCCAUGCACAUCAACCGGUGGUCGAGGUGUAAAAAGGUUCUGUAUCUUUUCACUGUUUUUGGUACCUUGGACGGUAUCAAAAACGGUACCUUGGACGAUACCUGGGACGGGACCUUGGACGGUACCGUUUUUGGUACCUUGGACGGUACCUUGGACGAUACCUGGGACGGGACCUUGGACGGUGACCUUGGCUUUGCAGAACUCACCGGUUUUGGUAGCUUGGACGUUGACCUUUGCCUUGCAGAACUCACCGGUUUUGGUACCUUGGACGGUGACCUUGGCCUUGCAGAACUCGGUGCCGGCGUCGUUGGUGGCCUUGCAGAGGUAAUCGCCGGCGUCGUGGCUCGAGGCCGAGCCGAUCUCCAGACAGGCCGUCCCGUCAGAGAAGCUGAUCCUGGUGCUGCCGGCCGGCAUCAGAUCCUUCCGGUCCUUCAUCCACUGGAUCUUCAGGGGCGGGGAGCCGCACACGUGGCACCGCAGGCUCAGCUUGUCGCCCUCGGCAACCGAAGUGUCCCCGGCGUCGUUGGCGGCGCGGCAGCGGUACCGGCCGCUGUCCGCCAUGCGGCUGCUCUUGAUGCACAGCACGGCCACGUUGCUCUUGAAGCUGACGUCGUAGCGGUCCGAGCUGCCGAUCUCGGCGCCGUCUUUGAACCAGGUCACGGCGAGGGGCUGGGAGCCGCUGACUCGACUCUCCAGCUUCACCAGCGCGCCCUCCGUGUCCUCCACCUGCGCCGACGGCUUCUUGGUGAACACCGUCAACACAUCUUCAUCAAGUAGCCGAGAACUAGACACGUCACCGAGAAGGGAACCGCCACCUUCAUCGCCAAGGUGGGCGGCGACCCGAUCCCAAGCGUGAAGUGGAUGAAGGGGAAGUGGCGCCAGGUCACGCACGGCGGGCGCAUCUCCAUCGAGCAGAAGGGCCGCGAGGCCAAGCUGGAGAUCCGGGAGGUCACCAAGUCGGACUCGGGCCAGUACCGCUGCGUCGCCGCCAACAAGCACGGCGAGGUGGAGAGCAGCGCCGACAUGCACGUGGACGAGAAGAAGGAGGCGGCGCAGCUGGAGGGAGACCUCCGCGCCAAGCUCAAGAAAAUAGUUUUCAGUUGUGACUGUUUCUAUGAAGUGGAACGUGGAGACAGAGAGUCUGACGAGGACAUGGCCCGCCUGGUGGCCGACCUGCAGAAGAGGAUGGAGCGCACUGAGCCCGUCACCGUGGUGAAGGACAUCUCCGAUCGGGCCGUCUUUGCCAACGAGGAGGCGGAGUUCGAGUGCGAGGUGAAGAUCAACUACCCCGAGAUCACGCUGUCCUGGUACAAGGGAACCCAGAAGCUGGACUCCGGCGACAAGUACGCCAUCAGCAUCAGCGGGGACCGCCACCUGCUCCGCAUCCGCCGCUGCACCCCCGCCGACCAGGGCAACUACCGCGUGGUCUGCGGGCCGCACAUCUCCAGCGCCAAGCUCGCCGUCACCGAGGCGGAGGUGGAGAAGCACCUGCAGGACACGUCGGCUGCCAGAGUUGCCGUUGAGGAGAAAGUAGAGACCAAGAAAGUUGAAAUGAGAGAGGAACUCCCAACAAAAGUUCCCAAAGCUGAGAAAAAACCUGAAGAAAUACCAACUGCAGCCGUGAAGGAGCCUUCACCCCCAAAAGCACCAGAAGCCAAAAAGCCAGUGGAGGAAAAGGUUCCUGCAGUUUCCGUCCCAGAGAAGAAGAAGGUUCCCGCGGCCAAAGAACCAGAGGAGGUGAAGAAGCCCGAUGUUGCUCCCUCGCCGCCUGCAGAGAAGCCUGGAGUGCCACAGAAAGAUGAGCCCAAGACUCAGGUGCCAGCUGAGCCCAAAAAAGUGGCGCCUGCAGCUAAGCCUGAGCCUGAAGCCAAACCCAAACCCAAAACAGAACCUGAAUCAAAGCCUAAGCCAGCACCGGCUCCCAAAGCAGAACCUGAAGCCACACCGCCACUGAAAGUCAAGCUUGAACCUGAAGUUAAGCCGGUGGAGCCAAAGAAGACGGAAACCCCGCCAUCCAAAGCCCCCGAAGAGGCCGCAAAGCCAGAGCCGGCACAGAUCAAGCCUGAACCGGCGGUAAAGAAGCCCGAACCAGAAGCUCGAAAAGCCAAACCAGAACCAGGAAAAACAAAAGCAGAAGUGGGUAAACCUGAGCCGCUCAUAACCAAGACACAACCAACUGUGGUCCCCAAACCAGAACCGGCAGUUGAACCUGAAGUAAAAUUCCCCAAACCUCCGAAGACCAAGCCAGAACCGACACCGGCACCAACGCAACCUCCGAAGAAAGUUCCCGUGGAGGAGAAAACACCCGAGCUUCCAAAAGCAGCCAAGAAACCAGAAGCUGCCGUCGCUCCUCCCGAAGAAGAGUCGGCUAAGAGAGAGCGAGACCCUCUUAAAGCUUUGACGCCCAUACCUAAACUCGUACCUGAAGACGUGCCUGACCAAAUACCUCAGAAGGAGUUUGAAGGGGUAGUUGUGUCGGAGACUGAUGAAAUACCCCGAAAGGUGCCUGUCAGACAGCGUGCAGGGAAAGCCGAGGUGAAAGCCCCGGCACCCGAGACAAAAAUGGAGGAAACUCCAAAGAGGGUGCCCGAAAAGUUACCUGAGAAAGGUCCAGAAAGACCGUUGGAGAAGGCGUUUGCAGAGAAAGUUCAUCCUGAGAGGGUAGCGGUACCCCCCAAGUUGUCUGCAGACCAGACUCCUGAGGAACUAGAACCUGAACUGGUUUCUAAGAAACAAAGAGACAAGGUCUCUGUAGAUAAGAGACCCGAGACGUUGCCUGAAGCUCAAAGAGAGGCUGGAGGACGCCUUCCUGAAGUGACGCAGAGUCUCAUUAAGAUCGAGCGAAGAAAAGGAGUUCAGAAGAUGCAGGAAGUGCAUUACGUGACGGAGAAAGUGGCGCCCACGGAGGAGGUGUGGGAACACGAAGAAGUGGCGGAAGAACACAAAGCGUCUCUGCUUCUGGGCCAGACGAUUGCCUCGCUAUCGGACGUAGACAUCUCGAGUACAACAGACAAAGCAAGGGAUAGAAAGUCUGAACUGAGAGGCGAGAUAUCUGUUACUGACUCGAGGUUCACUCGAGUCCAGAUAACACAAGAAACCGUUGUCCGGGAGUCUGAAUCUGACAGGGAUAGGGAAGUCUCAAUGCAUGAAGCUACGAGACAAAAGAUUGGAGAGGACGAUUUUAUCGAGGCGCCAUCAGAAUCUAGAGCUCAGAGGAAAGACAGCGUAGCAGGGACACAGCCGUCAGACGAGAGAGACCGUCCCAAACAAGAAACUAGAGUCAAACAGGGAAAAGAGAUGAGCAUUAAAACAGAAAGCAAAGAGAGACAACAGGAAUCUAGGAAAGCUGAGGAAACAGUGAAAGAAAGGAGCCAAUCAGGGACGGAUGCAGAUCAAAAUAAAGCAGAUGUUUUUAGCACGGACGCAAGAAAACUAAGUCAAACGAUGGGAAUUAGAGGACAGGCUUUGACAGACUCGGUUGAGAUCAUUUCAGAUAGUCCAAAAGAAAGAUACCAAACUGAGGAGAUUACAAUCCUGCAGAGAGACGUUCCAGGUAAAGACAGACAGGCAACUCAACAAAAGAUGGAAGAGUCAUUUCAGAAAACCAAAAGUCAUGAAAGUAGUGCAUCAAAAAAGAAACUUGAGCUAGUUGAAAAGAAGCUAAAAUCGGAUGAGAAAAUCGAUGCCAAAGAGGAGAAAAUGUCUGAAAAACAAAAACCUAAAGAGACGACGGUGAAGCCGAAGGAGUCGGUGACAGAUAUCAAGCUCAGGAAGCCAAAAGCAGUCAAUCAGGAAUUUAAUGCUGACUACCAAAAGAAGACAGAGGAAUCCAAAGACGUCCGUCCUCAGAGAGUCAAAACUGAAAAGACGGAAGGAGAAAAAUCUGAGAUUACAGUUCAGACGAGACCUUCAAAACCGGGUGAGAGAAGGACGCCGCCGUCCCAAACAGCUUCCAGAGUUACACCUGAAGACAAACUGGUCAAAGCCAGUCCAAUGGAAGGAACAAUGGGGUUGAAACCCAAACCAGAGAUCCCAGUUCAUCCUGGGAUAGAAGUCAGAAAUCCAGUAUUAAUGCCAGAGGAAAACCUUCGAAAAGCUGAAACCUUAUCAAAGAGCAGGACUCUAAAGAGAGACGGCGCUCAGAAAGUGAGACGGCAGACAGAGGUGGAAGAUCAGGACCAGUUUAAGUCAGCCGAUCUCCACGUUAGUGCAAAAGAAAAGACAAAACCAAGACAAGAACAGAUUCAAAAACAGUCUGAGCCAGAUACGGUUAAAGGAGAAGACCAGAUCCAACCAAACGAUCAGCCUGAGAGGGUUAAAGCUGAAGAUAAUCUCAUUGUUCCUUCUCCAACUGGGAAGAUAAAGCCAAGACAGGGAUGGACUGAAAGUAAAGCAUCAACUGCCCCGGCCAUCGAGAAAAAAGAGCAAAUGUUAACCAAAACUGAAGAGACUACAGGUAAAGACGUUCAGUUAAAACCAGUCACAACUGACAGAGGAGAAGAAGCACUUGAAUCAGAAGAGGUUAAGUCGGAUACCAGAGAGAAACGUGUUCUCACUGAGGUGAUGAACACAAAGCCAAAGAAAGUUUUAAGAAAGCGUUUGGUGGAGGAGAAAGAAAAGCAAGAGGCCGUGCCUCAAAAUCAGAGACAGCAGAAGCCAAUCAAGGGUCCAGCUGACAAGGUCCAGAAAGAGACGACUGAUAAAACAGAGAGCGAGCGAGCAUCUCCACGAGAGACUAUAGUUGAACAUGAUCAGCUAAAGGUCAGCACAGUUCAAGAUAAAACCUUUAAAGUUAAACCUCUUAAAGCAAAAACAACACAGGAACACAUUGAAAGAAACGUCUUAGUUGCACCUUUAACGGAGCGGAUUAAAGAACUGGAAGUAAUAGAUGCUCCAGAAAAUGUUGUAGAGACCGGAGAGAUUGACUUUCCAGUUAUUGGUGAGGAAAUGCAUGCGGCAGACAGUAUUUCUCCAAAGGUACCAAUGUCCCUGAAGGAGAGAAGACACAAGUUAGCCGACACUAAAGAGGCUGCGGAUGAACAAGUCCCUUCAAAGUCUGUCCCGGUUAAGGAUUUACCUCAAACACUGACUUCCAUUAAAGAUGGUGCACCUGAAAAACAUGGUAAAACUAAAGCAACCGGCCAAAAGCAUGUUGAGUUUGUGGAGAAAAUUGAUGCAACAGAGUCGGUUUCUCCACAAGGACAGCAGCAGAAGUCUCAAGAGAUUAUAGUUGAACAUGACCAGCUAAAAGUCAGCACAGUUCAAGAUAAAACCUUUAAAGUUACACCUCUUAAAGCAACAAAAACAACACAGGAACAAAUUGAAAGAAACGUCUUAGUCGCACCUUUAACGGAGCCACCUAAAGAGCUGGAAGUUAAAGAUGCUCCAGGGAUCGGAGAGACUGACUUUCCAGUAGUUGGUGAGGAAAUGCAUGCAGCGGACGGUAUUCCUCCAAAGGUACCGAUGUCCCUGAAGGAGAGAAGACACAAGUUAGCCGACACUAAAGAGGCUGCAGAUGAACAAGUCCCUUCAAAGUCUGUCCGAGUUAAGGAUUUACCUCAAACACUGACUUCCUUUAAAGAUGGUGCACCUGAAAAACAUGCUAAAACUAAAACAACCGUCCCAAAGCAUGUUGAGUUUGUGGAGAAAAUUAAUGCAACAGAGUUGGUAUCUCCACAAGGACAGCAGCAGAAGCCUCAAGAGAUUAUAGUUGAACAUGAUCAGCUAAAAGUCAGCACAGUUCAAGAUAAAACCUUUAAAGUUACACCUCUUAAAGCAACAAAAACAACACAGGAACAGAUUGAAAGAAACGUCUCAGCUGCACCUUUAGUGGAAUGGACUAAAGAACUGGAAGUAAUAGAUGCUCCAGAAAAUGUUGUGGAAAUCAGAGAGACUGACUUUCCAGUUGAUGGUGAGAACAUGCAUGUGGCAGACGGUGUUCCUCCAAAGGGACCAAUGUCCCUGAAGGAGAGAAGACACAUGUUAGCCGACACUGAAGAGGCUGCAGAUGAACAAGUCCCUUCAAAAUGUGUCACCCUUGAGGAUAAAAUGGUAAAAGUGACACCAAAACAAAUUAAAGGAAAAGUUUCAGAUAAAGAAGUACCGAAGCUUGAAUUUACUCAAAUGUCUGAACAUGGCUUCUCAAAGGAAGGAACGCCAAAGAUAAAGAGAUUUCAGAAGUUACCAAAGACUGGAGAUCAAUUUCAGGCGGGCGUUGUCCCGAUCAAAGAUAAAAAAGGCCACACACCCCUGACUGAAGUCAAGAAAACACAACAGCAACAGGAGCAAUGUUUGAGGGAAGAUGAUGCAAAGGGACUUGGGCCUAAAGAAACAGUCAAAGGUAAUAUAUCAGAGCCACUUCCUCAUAUGAAAGAAGCACAGAAAGAUAUAAAGUUAGCCAAAUCUAAAAAGAUCAGAGUUGAAGAUGUCCAGGCCACAGCUACAGAUGAUGAAGAGAAGGUUGAGAUAAUAUCUUCUGCGGUACCCGUGAUAAAAGACAAAGCUGCCGAGCUUCCACAUCAGAUUAUCUCACGUGACGAUGUGGUCAAAGACCUUUCUUUGAGAGAGGAAAGAGGGAUGGCUGUUGAAGAAAUCAGGUCCAACUUAGUCCCAGUUAAAAUGAAUGCAGACAAAGUGUCUCCCGUGGAAAAGCAGAGCUCAAAAAGACAGGAACAAAUUGACAGCAGGGCCUCGGAGGCUACUGAGCCUGAGGUAACCUGUUCAAAGUCCGACGCUCCAGAAAUAUAUGCUGGAAGUGAAAUAACUUUUAAGGACAGAAACACAGGAAAGGCAGAAAUCAGUCAGUUUAAAAACAUUCAUCCAGAGAGAGAAAUAUCACUGACCAAGAGAGAAGAGAAGACCUCGGAGAUUGUGGAAGAACUUCAUUCGAAAGAAAGAACAAAGAGAGACAAAACAGACAAAUGUGAGAAGAAAGCAAGGCAGGAAAAUACUGAAAAAAAGGCAGACGUUAUACCUGAGAUGGAAGGAGGAGAUGAUAUUUACCAAAAGACUCAGAAGAUCAAAGGUUAUGCAAGCAAAGCUGAGACUAGGAAAGUACCUCCAACUGUUGAGGCAUCAAAAAUCAAAAAAGAGGACUCAGCUCUGCGAGACAAACCUAAAGAAAGACCAGCUGCAGAGAUCCAGUCCAAUAAAGAUGAAUACGCCCGUGUUACUCCACUGGAAGUUAUGGAAACGAAACAGGAACAAGUUCAAAGAAAGUUUUCAGUUGCACCUGCAAUUGCCGUUGCAUCUAAAAUAUCUCAGAUAGUAAAAGAUGGAGAUGCUAUAUCAGAUACUUCCAAAGAUAUUACAGAUGUACAAACCAAAACCAAGGAAGACAUUGUUAAAGAUGAAGUAGAGAAAACUAAAAGGAAGUUUUCAGGUGCAGCCAAGCCAGAAGUAACACAUGAACAACCCUUGGUAGAAAGACUUCCAGUAAGAGACAAAACCACCACAGACGGAGAAGAGGCCUUCGAGGCGGCAGAUGAGUCUAAACACAUUUCACAAAAGAAAGAAGAAACCGAAACAGAAUUGCAGAAGUUCACAUUUGAAGAUGUCCAGACAAAGAAAUCCCUAAAAGAGAAAAGCCUCUCAAAAACAGACACGAGUACAAACCCUUCCUUUGAAGAAGUGCAGUCCAAGACGGUCGUAGUAAAAGAUAAAUAUGUUCCUGUGAAGGACAAGGAGUCUCCACCCCAAGGCAAAGAAGCACUGGUAAAGCCAGCUGCUCCUCAAGAGAGCAAACCACAGGCUGCUGUAAAAGUUCAAGAAGCUGCUAAAAGGCCUGAAGUCACUGACAAAACCAAGAAGUUGGAGAAAAUAAUCGCUCCACAAGAAGAACCAAAGCCAGUGACCAAGCCAAAGCCUGUCGUUAAGGCUGAAGAACCAACCAAGAAGGUUGUGGAAGAAGAAAAACCCAUUGUGUCUGGUGACCCUGGUAACCCAGGUGACCCUGGUAACCCUGGUUACCCUGGUCCGUAUGACCAUGAAACCAAGGGUCCUGUACAAGCACCGGGAGGAGCCAAGAAAGAGGGACAACCGUCAGAAGAAGCAGGAAGAGGUAGAGGUCGAGGGCUGAAACCCAAGCAGACCCCGUCACCUGGAGAAGGCCGGGGCCGCGGGCUGAAGCCCGGUGGAAGAGGCCCCACACCACCAGAGGAGCCAUUCGCAGGAUUCAAACUCAAAGCCGUGCCUCUGAAGUUCAUUAAGAAGAUUCAGGACAUUGUGUUGCAGGAAGCAGAGUCCAUCGGCUCGUCUGCCAUGUUCGAGUGUGAAGUCUCGCCCUCCACCGCCAUCACGACAUGGAUGAAGGGCGACAGCAACUUGCGCGAGAGCCCCAAGCACAAGUUCACUUCUGACGGCAAAGAUCGCAAGUUGAACAUUAUUGAUGUGCAGUUGUCCGACACCGGUGAAUACACCUGUAUCGCCAAGAACGCCGGCAAGGAAAUAUCAUGCACAGCCAAGCUCAUUGUUGAAGAGCUCCCAGUGAAGUGGAUCAAGGAGCUGGAGCCAGAGACCUCGGCCCUCAAGGGCCAGCCUCUGUACAUGACCUGCGAGCUGAACAAAGAGAGAGAUGUGAUAUGGAAGAGGAAUGGGGAAGUCCUGAAGAAAAAGGCCGGAAAGGUCCAGAUCAACAUCAUCGGGAUGCAGCACGCCGUGACCAUCCAGAACACAACGGAGGAGGACACGGGCGUCUACACCUGCGCAGUUGCCAAUCAGGAGGACGUCCAGACCACGACAAGCGUCAAAAUCAUCGAAAUAAUCAAAGACUGGAUUGUGAAACCACUGAGGGACCAGCAUGUGAAGCCCAAGGCAGCUGCUACGUUUAAAUGCGAGCUCUUCAAGGACACUCCCAACUGGAAGUGGCUGAAAGGAGAGACAGAGGUCACGCCCUCUGACAAGGUCGAGAUCCAGAAGGACGGAAAGCAGCUGACGCUGACCAUCAAGAACUGCCAGCCCGAUGACGUGGCCGAGUACGCCAUGGAGGUGGAGGGACGUGUCUACACCGCCAAGCUGACGCUAGGAGAGCGCGAGGCGGACAUCUUGAAGCCCCUGGCCAGCGUGGAGGUGGUUGAGAAGGAAGAAGCCAAGUUUGAGACGGAGAUCUCGGAGGAUGAUGUUCCCGGAGAAUGGAAGCUCAAAGGAGAGGUUUUGACCAGAUCCCCGAUGUGCGACAUCCAAAUGGAGGGUGGGGUGCGUCGACUCAUUCUGAAAAACUGCCAGUUGGAUCAGGCCGGAGAAGUGUCCUACCAGGCUCUGAACGCCAUAACCAGCGCCAUGCUCAAUGUCAAAGAAAUCGAAAUGGACUUUGUUGUCCUGCUGAAGGACGUUUCUGUGCCUGAAAAGAAACAGGCUAAGUUUGAAUGCACCAUCACGAAGGAUGUCUCUAAGGUCAUGUGGCAUAGAGGUGACGACGUCAUCACCCCAGACCAAAAGUAUGACAUCAUCGAUGAUGGAAAGAAGCAUAUGCUUAUUAUAAACUGUUGUGAGUUUGAUGACGAAGACGGAUAUACAAUUGCGGUUCUGGGAAAAACGUCAACAGCCAGACUCACAGUGGAGGGGAUCAGGCUCAAAUUUAUCUUGCCGCUAAAGGACCAAACUGUGAAGGAAGGCACGACGGCUCGUUUCGAGCUGGAGCUGUCUCACGAGAACAUCCCGGUCACUUGGUACAAGAACGACGUUAAAAUUCAUCCGAGCAGAACCGUGGUCACGCAUGUGGACGGAAAGACGCAUGUGCUAGAAAUAAAGGAAGUGACUCUCGACGAUACUUGCCAAAUUAAGGCUGAGGCCAGAGGAAUUCCUUCCAUGGCCAACCUGACGGUCAUAGAGGGAGAUGCGUACUUCACAGUUAAGCUGCAGGACUAUACUGCAGUGGAGAAAGACGAGGUGCUUCUCGAUUGCGAGCUCAGCAAAGACGUUGAUGUUAUGUGGUACCACGACGAGGCCGAGAUCAAGACCUCAAAGAUGGUGGCCAUCAAGGCCGAGGGCAAACGCAGAACCCUUGUCAUCAAGAAAGUUGGAGACAAAGACAAAGGACAAUACGUAUGUGAUUGUGGGACAGACAAGACAACGGCGAUACUUCACAUUGAAGCGCGCCACAUCAAGGUGGUUCGGCCGACGUACGGCGUCGAGGUCUUUGACGGAGAGACCGCUCGAUUUGAAGUCGAGCUGAGCGAGGACGACGUCCACGGCCAAUGGAGACUGAACGGAGAAGUCCUCAGUCCGUCCGCCGACGUUGAGAUCGUGGAGGACGGCGCCAAACACACUCUGGUCUUAUACAACUGCAGAGUGCCUCUAACCGGCGAGGUGGCGUUCGCCGCCGCCAACGCCAAGUGCUCCGCUAACCUGAAAGUGAAGGAGCACCCCGUCUCAUUCAUUACCCCCCUGGCUGACGUGCACGUGUACGAAAAGGACGAGGCGAGGUUUGAGGUGGAGGUUUCUAGAGAGCCCAGAAGCUCCCGGUGGUUGAAGGGAGCCCAGGAGCUCGUAAACGACGACAGGUUUGAGCUCCUGGCUGAAGGAAAGAGACACACUCUGGUUGUGAAAUCGGCCAGAUACGAAGACGAAGCCAAAUACAUGUUUGAGGCUGAAGAUAAACGCACAUCUGGGAAGUUGAUUAUUAAAGGUAAAUGGACUCCGGCCGGUCUGGUUGGGACAUAUAUGUCCGCCAUCUUUUCCUCCCAAAACAUGUCAGACGGGUGGAUCAUCUCCCCCUUCAGUUUCCAGGUGGCGUGCAGGUCCUCCUCUGAGAUCUCCGUCUCAAACUUGGCCGUCUCCGUCUCCGUGACCUCCACGCUGUACAGCGGGCGCACCACCUUGAUGUCGCGCUCUGCGGAGUCGCAGGUGUACGCCCCCAUGUCGCUCCUCGCCGCCUUCCUGAUGAGCAGCGAGCGCCUCCUGCCGUCCGCCUGGAAGACGACGUUCUUGGAGGCAAAGACCUCGUUGCCGUCUUUCAACCAGCGGACGGCGCCGGACGCCCGGCUGAGCUCGCACGCCAGCGUCACCUCGUCCUUCUCCACGGCCGUCGGGACGUUGGGUAACUCCUGCGAGGAGCUUUCACAAUCUCCUUUUCCAGGAGAAGUGAUUGACAGGAGCAGAUUUACUUCCCCCGUUGGUUUGGCAGAGGCUGGCUCUCAGCCAAUCAGAGCCCUCGGUUAUUUUAGAAGCCGCAUGCCUUAUCUAGAGCGGGUUGGCCGUGAUUGGCAGGCAGCGGGACGCUACCCCAUCCCUUACUGGUGCCUGCCAGCUUUAGAGAAUGUGCGGCAGGUCGGGGGGGGACUAACCAUGUCUUCUCCCCAAUCCAAAGCCCGGGUGAUCGGCCUGGCCAGGCCUCUGCAGGACGCCACGGUGACCGCCGGGCAGACCGCCACCUUCGAGUGCGAGCUGUCCUAUGAAGGCAUCGCGGUGGAGUGGUUCCUGGGGGGGGCCAAGCUGGAACCCAGCGACAGAGUGGUGUUGAAGUCGGAGGGUAAAGUCCACAGCCUGACUCUGAGGGACGUCAAGCUGGACGAGGCGGGACAACUUAAACUAGUCGCCAAAGACUUCCAGACUGAGGCCAACCUCAUCGUCAAAGAACCGCCGGUGGAGUUCACCAAGCCUCUGGAGGACCAGACGGUGGAGGAGGAGGCGACCGCCACGCUGGAGUGUGAGGUCUCCAGAGAGAACGCGGAGGUGCGCUGGUUCAGGGACGGACAGGACAUCAGGAAGACCAAGAAGUACGAGAUGAUCAUCGACGGCCGCAAGCGCGCGCUGGUCAUCCACGACUGCACGCUGGACGACUCCAAGACCUACGCUUGCGACGCCAAGGACUUCAAAACUUCCUGCUUCCUCAACGUUGAACGUGCGCUUAUGUCCUGUUGCCAGAUGGUGGCGCUAUCUCCGAAAGUCCAUAUUGGCCUGAAGGUGUUCUCAGGCCGGGACUCUUGGUGUUUGUGGGAAAUUUCAAGCAGAUACGACAACCUGCAGGGUGUAGGUGCCUUUGUCCGGCCGCACGCUCGGCGCGACGACCAGCUCGGUGAACGUCGACCUGGUCGUCAUGGAGACGCGCUCGUCAGCUGUGCUCAGCUCCUUCUCUCCGAAGGUCCAGCGGGCGACGGGGGUCGGGUACCCGGAGAUCGGGACUCGGAUGGUCAGGGGCUGCGGCACGAUGACCUCCAGACCGUUCUUAAACGCACUCAGGCGUCGGUAGGAACUAAAGUGGCCCCCUGCAGGCGCCGGGAGGAACUAAAGUGGCUCCCUGCAGGCGCUGUGCGGACGUGCGGAGCUAAAGUGGCUCCCUGCAGGCGUCGGGGGGAAAUGAAAUGGCCCCCUGCAGGCGGCGGGGGGAACUCACCAAUGGGAUCCAUGAUCUUGACGGGCUGCGAGGCGGCGCUGGGCUUGCCCUCGCCGGCUUUGUUCUGCGCUUUGACUCUGAAGAUGUAUUCUUUGUUCUCGAUGACGUCGUUGACGACGGCGCUGAGCUCGUCCGCCUUGGUGAUCUGGACGGGCGUCCACUUCACCGACGUCCUGUCCCGCAGCUCGAUGAUGUACGACGUGAUGGGGGAGCCGCCAUCCGACUCGGGAGGAUCCCAGGAGACGGUGCAGCCAAACUUGGUGACGUUUCCCACUGUGACGUUCAGAGGAGCUUCGGGAACGACUCUUACCAAACUUGUUCUUGGCCUGUACGGCUUUGUCGGUCUCGACGUUGGGUCCGCUGCCAACGCGGUUGCGGGCGCAGACCCUGAACAGGUACAUAGAGUCCUUGUGGAGGCCGGUGACGGUGUACUCGGGGCUCUCGGCGUGGUCGGUGGCCAGCGUCCACGUCUUCCGCUUCACGUCGCGUCUCUCCACCACGUAGGCCACGACCUUGCUGCCGCCGUCACUUUCGGGCUCCUCCCACGCCAGGCUGACCUCGCCGUCCGCUGUGUCGAUCACCUGCAGGCUCUUCACAGGGCCUGGGACGUCUGGGGACACAAAAUACAAGGGGGCGGUUUAGGACUCAAUAUAUCAGUCACUGUCCAAUUGGAGGAGAAAAUAGGGACUCGGUUCGUGCAUGAGUUUUUGGGAGAACUGACCGAUGACGUCCAGGUUGAUGAAGGCUUCUCCCUCUCCGUGCUUGUUCUUGAUGACGAUCUUGUAGCGGCCCUCGUCGGCCUUCAGCGGGUCCUUCAGUCGGUACUCGGUGCGGUCGGCCGACGUGUAGAUGUUGUCUUUGGGAGUCUGUACUCUCCCUGGUCUCGCGGGCGGAUCUCACAGACCUGCAGUCUGUGGAUUUUACCCUCGCUCAUCAUCUGGUAUUUGUCUCCCUGGACGACUGUCAUGUUGUUCCUCAACCACUUCACUUCCACUCUGUCCUUGUUGAGCUCCACCUCGAACACGACGUCCGAGCCCGGGGGUUCGAACACAUCCUGCGGCGGUCUGACGAUCUCCACCGGGGUCUCUGCGGGACAGGAAGAGGCUCACAAUGACGUCAAUCCGAACAGGAAGUGGUUCACACUGAAGAGAAGAAGUGGUGAGCAGAAUGUGCAGAAACUGACCUUCCACGAAGAGCCUGGCUCUGGACCUCUUGUCCUCCACGCCGCAGGCUUGAACCUGAACCUGGACCUGAACCUGGACCUGGACCUGGAGUUCGGUCCAGGACAGACGUACCUCGGUCCUUCUCUGAUCUCGCGUCCGUUCCUGUACCACUUGGCUUCUGCUUUCUCCUUGGUGAGCUUGCACGUGAACACGGCGUCCUGGAACUCGGUGAUGGUCUGGUCCUUGAGGUGCACGCUGAAGUCGGUGGGCGCCUCGCUGAUGAUCAGCUCCGCCGACGACUUGUUGUCCCCGGCGACGGCGGUGUACUCGCCCUCGUCCGCCAGCGUGCAGUCCUUGAUGACGAUGCGUUUGCUGAAGACGAUCUCCUGGCCGGCCCUGGUCCACGUCAGCGUGGCGUUGGGCCGGUUGACCUUGCAGGAGAAGCUGACGGUCUUCUUCUCCUGGGUGUCGAUGUCCUCCAGAGGAACCACGAUCCUCAGACUCUCCUCUGGACCACACACAACACCCCAUGUCCGCUGGUUUAAGGACGGAAGUGAAAUCAGAAAGGGGAAGAAGUAUGAGAUCAUCGCCCAGGGACGCCAACACGUCCUCAUCGUCCACAAGUCUGUGUUUGACGACGAGGCCGAGUACGAAUGUGACGCCAAGACGGCCAAGUCCUCCGGCAUGCUCACCGUCGUCGAGGAAGAAGCCAGGUUCAGCAAAAACCUGUCCAACGUGGAGGGGACGGAGACGGACAGCGUGAAGCUGAUCUGCGAGGUCUCCAAACCCGGCGCCGACGUUACCUGGUACCGCGGCGAUGAGGAGCUGCCCGAGGGCGGCCGCUACGAGCACAUCGUGGACGGGAAGAAGAGGAUCCUCCUCAUCCAGGACCUGAAGAUGGCUGACGCCGGAGAGUACACCUGCAGGCUGAGUCCCAACAUCAAGACCUCCGGGAGCCUCAAGAUCAACGGUGAGAGGAAAGCACCCCUGAGUCAGGGACAACACGACACACCCGAGUCAGGGUCUGACACGACACACCCGAGUCAGGGUCUGACACGACACACCCGAGUCAGGGUCCGACACGACACACCUGAACCUACCGAAGGGGUAUCUGGCAAUGAUGGACGGGUGAUCGGCCGGCGGUCCGACACCGAACUGGUUCUCAGCGAAGACCCGGAAGAUGUACUCCUUGAACUUGAUCAGGCCCGCGGCCCGGUAGGUGGCCUGCUUCACGGUGGAGGACAGGCGGUGCCAGAUCUCGCUGUCGGCGGCGCGCCGCUCCACGAUGUAGUUGGUCACCUUGGAGCCGCCGUCGUCGCGCGGCGGGUUCCACGCCAGGAAGCACGUCUCGAAGUGAAAGACCAUUAUCCCAGAUCUCUGCGGCCCCCCAAGGGGGUCAUGAUUCCCCAAGUCUACCGUACCCAGGAUGUUGACGUCGACGGUGGCGGUGGCGCGGCCGCUGCUGUUGGUGGCCUCGAUGAUGUAGGUGCAGCUGUCGUCUCGGCGCGUCUUGGCGAUGGCGACCGUGGAGUGUCCCGGCUUGGUGUCGAUGGACACCCGGUCGUCCGGCUUCAGGACCAGGUCUGCCUUGGUCCACUUCACCCGCGGCUCCGGCUUACCCGUCACUUCGGCCGGGAGCUCGAUCCUACUGCCGGCCUUGGCCGUCAGACCGGCCAGCAGCUUGGCAUCCAGCUGGAUCUCGGGAGCCUCUGCACGGACAGGAGAGACGGGGCGGGGGGGGCAGAUGGCGAGAUCUUGUGGGUUGCCCUACGUACCUUUGGGGUCUACGGCCUGGAUCUCGUCUGUGGCCUUGCAGGGCCGGCUGGCCCCGAGGCGGUUCAGGGCCCGGACUCUGUAUGCGUACCACUGGCCCUCUAUCAGACCGGUCACCUGGCACUUCAGCUCAGGGACCAUGUCCCCGCAGGGCUCCCACUUAUCGGUUCCUCUCUGGCAGCGUUCCACGUUGUAGCCGCGGAUCCCCGUGCCGCCGUCGAACUUGGGCGGCUCCCAGGUCAGGAAGAUGCCGCUGGCCGACUUGUCUCUCCACCGCAGGUUCUCUGGAGGGUCGGGGCAGGCUGCAGGAAACCAGACCAGGACGUCCCUGACCCCCCCGUGGACGUGGAGACCCACAACCCCACGUCCAGCACCGUCACCCUGACCUGGAAGCCCCCCAUGUACGACGGAGGCGCCAAGAUCAUGGGCUACGUCCUGGAGAAGCAGAAGAAGGGCGAGGAGGCCUGGGAGCGCUGCAACGACUUCCUGGUCCCCGUCCUGUCCUACACCGUCCGGGGGCUGGCGGAGGGGAAGAGCUACACCUUCAGGGUCCGGGCCGAGAACGCAGCCGGGGUCAGCGAGCCGUCGCGGGCGUCCCCCUUCGUCAAGAUCUCCGACGCCAUCGACCCCCCCAAGGUGUUCCUGAGCGGCAGCCUGCAGUCCGGCCUCAGCGUGAAGCGCGGCUGCGAGAUCCGCCUGGACGCCAACGUGUCCGGCUCGCCGUACCCGGAGGUCACAUGGUACUGGAACAACCAGAGGAUCCGGCCCGAGCCGCUACGCAGGAGGCCCGACAAACCACUGAAGAAGAAGGUGGAGAAGAAGGAGGAGGAGAAGAAGAAAGAGGAAGGAGAGGCCGAGAAGCCCGUGGAGAAGGAGGGAGAGGAGAAGAAGGAAGGAGAGGCCGAGCAGAAAGAGGAGGAGAAGAAGGAGGGAGAGGAGAAGGAGGGAGAGGCCGAGAAGAAGGAGGAGGAGAAGAAGGAGGACGAGAAGAAGGAGGAGGAGAAGAAGGAGGAGGAAGAAGAGACAGACUACCCGACGAUAAACGAGCGUCUGAGCGUGGACAGCCGUCACCGCGGCACGGCGUCCAUCGUCGUCAGGGACUCGUACCGCGCCGACCACGGCGUCUACAUGGUGAAGGUGGAGAACGACCACGGCAUCGCCUCGGCAACCUGCGAGGUCAACGUGCUCGCAACAGCCAACCCCGUCGUACCGAAAGGAUUCUUGGCGACGAGCGGUUUGGAGACGCAGUACGGCCCGGCGCCGAACUUGUUCUCGGCCACCACCCUGAAGAUGUACUCCUUCUUCUCGAUGAGCUUGGGCACCAGUUGUGUGACCUUGUGUCCCGUCCUCAGGGACCUGGUUCCGGGCACCGAGCUGAACGUGGAGGGCCUCCUCGAGGGGCUCACGUACAUCUUCAGGGUGGCGGCUGAGAACCAGGCCGGCCCCGGGAAGUUCAGCGGCCCCUCCGAACCCAAAACAGCCCAGGCCCCCAUCUUACCCCCGGGACCCCCAGUCGCCCGAGUGGCGGCGACCACAGACCACUCCAUCGACGUGGAGUGGGACCCCCCGGCCGACAACGGCGGGGGGGAGAUCCUGGGAUACCACGUGGAAAAGGCCAUGGUUGGCACCAAGGACUGGUCCCGGGCCACAGAGCGUCUAUGGAAAACCCGAUCCUUCACGGUCUACGGGGUCCGCGAGGGAGCCAAGUACUCCGUCAGAGUGAUCGGCUGCAACGCUGCCGGAGAGGGAACGCCAGGAUUCACAGAGGCUGUGUUUGUCAGGAAUCCUGCAGAGAAGCCGAUGAUUGACCUGGAAAUGUCUGUGAAGAGCGGCGUGAUCAUCAGAGCCGGAGAGAACCUCCAUUUGCCCGCGACAGUCACAGGUAAACCCUACCCCACCAUCACCUGGACCAAGGACGAUGCCAAACCCGACAAAGACCGCGUGGAGAUCCUCACCGAGGGCAACGACAGCGUCGUUUCCAUCAAGAACGCGCAGAGGAAGGACUGCGGCAAAUACCACAUCUCCGCUUGCAACCCCAGCGGCACAAAGCACGCUUCCAUCAGGGUGGAUGUUGUAGAUGUCCCCGGGCCCGUCACGGACCUGAAGCCCGUCGUCGUCACUCGCAAGAUGAUCUUCUUGAACUGGGAUGACCCGGUGGACGAUGGAGGCAGCGACCUGACCGGCUUCGUCGUGGACCGCAGAAAUCCCAAUUCUCACGCAUGGAGGCAGCCCGUUGAAACCACCUCUUCGAAGUGCGAGUGCAUGGGGAUAGUGGAAGGACAGGAGUACAUCUUCCGCGUCACUGCCAAAAACAAGUACGGCCUGGGCGUGCCAGUAGAGAUGGACAUCAUCAAGGCUGUUGACCCACAGGGCCCACCGUCAUACCCUGAGAAGUUCCACUACACCGAACGCACCAAGAACUCCCUUACACUGACCUGGAAACCGCCUCGUAACGACGGCGGCAGCCCCAUCAUCGGCUACACCGUUGAGAAAAAGAGGCAAGACAAGCAGGCCUUUGAGCCAUGCAACACAGAGAUGUGCCCCAACUUGACCAUGACAGUAGAGGACCUGGAUGAGGACUGGAUGUACGAGUUCAGGAUCAAGUGUGCCAACCUGAUUGGAGUAAGCGAGCCAUCCAUCCCGUUGACUGUGAUUAUCCAAGACGACGAAGUGGCUCCUGAAGUCCACAUGCUGAAGCACUUCAAGGGCGACUGUAUUACCGUGAAGAAGGGUGAGCCAAUUGAAAUGCCCGCUGAUAUCCUGGGCCUGCCCAUCCCUAUCAUCGAGUGGACCAAGGACGACGUGGUCAUUGAGCCCACAGAGGCUCUGCUGAUUGAGACUGAGGUGACCGGCAGGUUGAACGCAAAGACCAAGUUGUCCAUCCCAGCAGCCAAUAGGAGGGACCGCGGCAGCUACACUGUGACCGCCUCCAACAACAUGGGCUCAGCCAAGCACACCACCUAUGUCAUGGUGCUGGACCGACCACUUCCACCCAGAAAUUUGACAGUGUCCAACAUCAGGGCGGAGUCCUGCUACCUCCAUUGGGAAGUACCGCUGAGCACUGGUGGCAGCGAGCUGACCAACUACAUUGUUGAGAAGUUGAAAGUGGUAAAAGAGGAACCAGAGCUGGAAGAAGGACAGGAAGCUCCACCUGGACCACAGUGGGAGAAGGUCAACAACACCGUCAUUGAUAGGAAACUCGGGGUUUGGGAACUGGAGACCAACAAGUCCUACAUGUUCCGGGUCAAAGCCCAGAAUCGUUACGGUAUUUCUGACCCCUGCACUACAGAGGAAAUCAAGAUCAUAGACCCAUUUGGCCUUCCUGGCCCACCAGAAAAACCAAAGAUCGCAGAGUACUCCAAGACCUCCAUGACUCUGACCUGGCAGCCCCCCAGGGACACUGGUGGCUCUAUGAUUAUUGGCUACUGGCUGGAGAAGAGGGAAAAAGGCACUGACUACUGGGCCAAAGUCAACAAGGUGCCGGUCACCAAGAGGGGCAUGAAAGGCUGGGACUACCAGGUGACUCGUCUGUUUGAAGGAACAGAGUACGAGUUCAGGGUCGCUGCCACCAAUUCUGCAGGAAUGGGACCGUUCAGCGGACCGUCCGACUCUGCCUUCGCUGUCGAUCCCAUCACUCCUCCGAGCAUGCCCGGUGCUCCUGAGGUGAUUGACAAGACAAAGCACAGUGUCACGCUGUCCUGGAAGCCGCCAGAGAGCGACGGAGGAAGCCCCAUCAAGGGCUACAUCAUCCAGAUCCAGGACGAGGCCGCGACAAAGUGGAUCAGCGUGAACGACGCAGACUCCCUCAACCCCACCACCGAGUUCACCAUGCCCAGCCUCCGUGCGCUGAAACGCUACCGUUUCAGGAUCAUCGCCGUCAACGACAUCGGCGAGUCCGACCCCAGCCCCAGCACCGGCGAAGUUCUGGUUGAGGACAUUGCAUUUGCUCCUUCCAUCUCCAUCGACGUGCUGAUGGACGACCUGCUGUACAUCCGGGCUGGAGACCCGAUCAGGAUCCCCGCCACCAUCAAGGGCCGCCCUGUUCCCAAGGUAACCUGGGAAUUUACUGGCAAAGCCAAGUCGCACAAGAAGAACAAACUGCACACGCUGCCUGUGGACUCAGAGAUUCAGUCCACCGACACCACGUCCAUUGUGACCAUCCCCAUCAGUCUGAGGACGCACUCUGGACGCUACACCAUCACCGCCAAGAACAAGUCCGGACAGAAGCACAUCAACGUCAGAGUCAUUGUCCUCGACGUCCCCGGAGCCCCGAAGGACCUGAAGGUCACCGACACCACCCGGUCCACCAUGAGGCUGAUCUGGAAGCUCCCCGACAGCGAUGGAGGAGAGAGAAUCAAGAGCUACUUCAUCGAGAAGAAGAGUCUGAUUGACAAGGCCUGGACCACGGUGAACGCCGCCUGCGCCAGCCAGGCCUACGUGGUGACGGGCCUGCUGGAGGGGCAGGACUACCACUUCAGGGUCCGAGCUGAGAACAGGCUCGGAUUCGGCCCGUUCACCAUCACCACCGACCCCGUGCGGGCCAGAGACCCCAUCUACCCGCCCGACCCCCCCACCAAAGUGAAGGUGAACCUGGUGACGAAGACCACGGUCACCCUGAGCUGGGAGCCCCCCAAGAACAACGGCGGCUCUCCGGUGAAGCAUUACAUCAUCGAGCGCCUGAGCUGGGACACCAGCGGCAAAGAGAAGGAGACGUGGAAGCAGUGCAACAAGAGGGACGUGGAGGAGCUCACCUUUGUGGUGGAGGACCUGAACGAGGGAGGGGAGUAUGAGUUCAGAGUGAAAGCUGUGAACGCGGCGGGACCCAGCCGCCCGUCGGCCGCCGCCGGGCCCCUGGUCAUCAAGGAUCAGACAUUCUUCUUACUGAUUGGAUCUCUGCAGAGCACGGGGUCCGAGGGCACGCUGGGCAGCCCGGCGCCGGCGGCGUUGACCGCGCUGACCCUGAACUGGUACAUGGCCCCCGCCUGCAGGCCCACCACGUCCCAGUUGUUGCCCAGCGGCAGGGCCCGGAUGGGGUCUCGGUUGACGCGGAUCCAGCGCUUGGCAGUGCCUGAGAUGGGUUUCCCCCCGUCGCCCGCCGGCGGCUCCCAGCUGACCAGCGCCGAGUCGUGGAAGACCUCCUUCACGGUGGGCUGUCUGGGGGCGUCGGGGACCUCUGAGAAGGGACAGAACCACCGUGUUGUGCCGGCGCAGCAACUCACCGACCACGGUGACGGUGCAGACUCCAGUGCGGGCACCGGCGGCGUUCUCCACGCUGACGCCGUAGCAGCCGCUGUGCGCCCUCUUGGCCGCGCUGAUGUUGAGGCUCAGGUGGCGCGCGGUGCUGUGGAGGCUGAUCACGUCGUCCGCCUUCAGCUCCUCGUCGUUCUUGGUCCAGUCUCACUCACCCAGUUCGUCUCUGCACUGGACGGGCUUGGUGGCGUAAGACGCCUUGCCCUGUCCCACGGCGUUGAUGGCCGCCACCCUGAACUCGUGGCUGGACCCGUCCUUCAGCCCCGUCAGGGUGAACUUCAUGUCCAGCAGCUUGCUGUCUCCGCCGAUGCGUGUGAAGAUGUCCCGGCCGACCAUGCGGGACUGCAGGACGUACUCCGUCACCUCGGUGCCGCCGUCGUACUUGGGCGGUCUCCAGGCAACCGAGAGCGAGUCCUUGGUAACCGCUGUGACGUGCAGGUCCUCUGGACGCUCCGGGACGGCUGGAGGACGCAGACAGAGACAGAAAUACUCACAUAUGGGGUCCUUGAUGAGGACCAUCUUGUCGGUCUCGAUGAAGGGCCCCAUGCCGAUGAUGUUCUCGGCUGCGAUCCUGAAGAAGUAGCCCUUGCCCUCGAGGAGUCCCUGCACCACGGCGUUCCUCCGGGUCACGGUUUGGUGAUGGCCGAGCCACCGUCGUCCUCGGGGGAGUACCACGUCAGCUUGCACGAGUCGUUGGUGAGAUUCUCGCCGGCGAAGGGAAGACCGACGGGUCCGGGGACACUCACCCAGAACCUCCACGAUGACGGCCUUCUUCCUCUCGCCGCCCUCGUUCUUGGCGCUCAGCGUGUAGAUGCCCUGGUGUUGGCGUUUGCAGUUCUUGAUGACCAGCGAGUUGGAGAUGCCCGUCUUCUCCACCACGGCCUCCUUGGGAACCUCGGCGUCGUCGCGGCACCACGUGAUCUCCGGGGCGGGCUUACCCGACACGUAGGCGAUGAUGCGGAUGGUGGCGCCGGCGUGGACCACGAUCUUCUCCUUCACCGAGGCGUCCAGGUCCAUCUCCGGGGGAACUGGGACAGGAAGGGGGGGGGUAUUAAUCAAACUGUGAGUAGCGAGGCGGUCUUACUGGUUCUGUCCUUGGUCUCGAUGAGCUCGGACACGAACCCCGGCUCCCCCUCUCCGGCCGCGUUCACCGCUUUGACCCGGAAUCGUUUGUCUCCUCCAGACAAGCCGGGGCCCAUCCAGCACCUUCGGGUGACGGACAUCCGGAGCGACUCGGCCUACAUGUCCUGGAAGGACCCGGAGGACAGCGGCGGCGUGCGCAUCACCAACUUCGUGGUGGAGAAGAAGGACACGGCCUCCACCCAGUGGGUGCCGCUCUGCUCCACCUCCAAGAAGCGCAGCAUGAUGCUGAAGCACCUGAUUGAGGGCACGUCCUACAUGUUCCGGGUCGCCGCCGAGAACCAGUACGGGCGCAGCGAGUACGUCAGCACACCCAAGGCCAUCAAGGCCAUGAACCCGCUCUUCCCACCCGGACCCCCCAAAGACCUGCACCACGACGACGUGGACAAGACUGAGGUGUGGUUGGUCUGGAACUGGCCCGAUCGCAACGGGGGGAGUGAGAUCACCGGCUUCCUGGUGGAGUACCAGGAGGAGGGCGAGAGGGACUGGGACGAGUGGAAGACUGUCAGCAUCCCCGAGACCCAUGUGACCGGCCUGGAGGAGGGAAAGACCUACCGCUUCAGGGUCAGGGCGGAGAACGCCAUCGGCCUCAGCAGACCAGACACUACCGUGCCAAUCCUGUGCCAGGAAAAACUGGUGCCCCCCAUUCUGGAGGUGGAUGCUAAGCUAACUGACGGCAUCAUUGUGAAGGCCGGCACCACCAUCCGGCUACCAGCCAUCAUGAGAGGGAUCCCCGUGCCCACCGCCAAGUGGUGCAUCGAGGGCGAUGAGAUCACCAGCGAGGGGAACGUCAAGAUCGACACGGACAACUUCUCCACCGUGCUCAGCAUUAACGACUGCACCAGGAACCACACCGGCACCUACCUGCUCACCGUAUCCAACCCCGCCGGAACCAAGACUGGGGCCUUGAACGUCACUGUCCUGGAUGUCCCCGCCGCUCCCAUCGGACCCGUCAACAUCCUGGAGGUCACUCCGGACUCCAUGAUGAUUGAAUGGCGUCCUCCCAAGGACGAUGGCGGCACCGCCGUCACCAACUACAUCGUGGAGAAGCGAGAGUCCAACAAGGAGACCUGGGGCGGCGUGAGCUCUGGCAGCCUGGCCACCAAGCUCCACAUCACCCGUCUGCAGAAAGGAGUGGAGUAUGUGGUUCGCAUUCGGGCCGAGAACAAAAUGGGCAUCGGCGCUGCUCUGGAGAGCAAGCCGACUGUCGCCGAGCACACCUUCAUGCCACCCAGUCCGCCCGGUAAGCCACAGCCCUCUGAUAUUGCAGAAGAUUCUGUUACAAUCGGCUGGACCAUGCCACUGGCCGACGGCGGCAGCCAGAUCUCGGGCUACCUCAUCGAGCGCAGACACAAGGGAGGAAAAUGGAUCCGGGUCAACAAGACACCCUGCCCGGACCUCAGGUACAAAGUCCAAGGUCUGUUUGAGGGCAAUGAGUAUGAGUUCAGAGUGUUUGCGGAGAAUAGCGCCGGCUACAGCGGCCCCUCUCCCAGCUCUGACCUAUGCAAGCCCUGCAGGCCCAUCACCGUCCCAAGCCCCCCUGUCAACCCCAGAAUUAAAGAUUACAGCAAGACCACAGCUGAUUUGGUGUGGACCAAACCCAACAAAGACGGAGGUAGCCCCAUCCUGGGCUACACCGUGGAAAUGAAGAAAGCUGAUACUGAAGAAUGGAAAAAGGUGAAUAUCGAUGAGUUUAUCAAGCAGUGUGUCUACAGGGUGAAGGGUCUGGAGGAGGGCGGGACGUACAGAUUCAGAGUCUAUGCCUCGAACAUGAUCGGAGAUGGAGAGUCCAGAGAAAUCCCAGAGUCUGUCACCGCUCAGGAUAUCCUGAUCCCUCCGGAGAUCGAGAUGGACGCCACCUGCCGCGAGCACCUCACUGUGCGCGUUGGACACAACAUCAACAUCAUCGGCUACAUCAAGGCCCGUCCGGAUGCUGAAGUGCUCUGGUCCAAGGAGGAGACAGUUCUGGAGAACAGCAAACGCGUCACCAUCGUUCAGAACCUCCCUAUGGUCCACCUGAGGAUCAAGGAAGCCACGAGAGCCGACCAUGGCAAAUACACUCUGAAGGCGUCUAACGUGGGAGGCGAGGCAUCUUGCACCAUAACGGUCAACGUGCUGGACAGGCCGAGCCACUGUCAGAACCUGCACACAACCUACGCCACCAAAGACUCAUGUAUGAUCAACUGGGAGCCCCCCAAAGACAACGGUGGAUCCGAGAUCACCAACUACAUUGUGGAGUGCCGUGAGCCCAGCAUUAGCAUGUGGUCCAUGAUCUCCUCCAACUGCACCAAUCGCAAGAUCAAGUCCAAGAUGAUGGAGGGCCACCAGUACCUGUUCCGCGUCUGUGCCGAGAACAAGAUGGGCCCGGGACCCUGUGUGGAAACCAAAACCCCUCUGCUGGCCAUCGAUCCCAUUGAGAAGCCCGGCGAGCCUGAGAACUUCAGAGCCACCGACAUCGGUAAGAACUACGUCUAUCUGAGAUGGAGGAAGCCGGACUACGACGGCGGCAGCCCCAACAUCUCUUACAACCUCGAGUGCAAAGCUAAAGACGCUGAAGAGUGGGAGAAGCUCAACACUGGCGUUCUCACGGACACCUUCUUCCUGGCGGACAAGUGCACAGAGAACCACACGUACACCUUCAGGGUGCAGACCGUUAAUGAAGGAGGUGAAAGUGCUUGGGUAAAACUCGCCGAUAUUUUGGUGAGGGAGGAGAUCCAGAAGCCCGUCAUUGACCUGAAGCUGGCCGGAACCAUGACGGUGAAGGCCGGAGAGUCGGUGAGGUUGGAGGCCGGCCUGAGAGGAAAGCCCCAGCCCGAGGUCAAAUGGCUGAAAGACAAGGCUGUCGGAGACAACCCAAGAAUUAGCUAUGAGACCGGCCCCGACUACUCCAAGUUCCUUCUGACCAAGUCCAAACGCAGUGACACCGGAAAGUAUGUCAUCACUGCCACCAACUCGGCCGGCACCUUCACGGCGUACGCCAACGUUAACGUCCUGGACGUCCCCGGCGCAGUCAGGAACCUCCGGAUCACCGGCCUGGGAGCCGACAAGUGCAGAGUAGUGUGGGAUCCUCCAGAGGAUGACGGAGGCUGCGAGGUGGACAGCUACAUCCUCGAGAAAUGCGAGACCAGGAGGAUGGUCUGGUCCACGUACUCGGCCUCCGUGGUCACGCCGUACUGCAACGUCACGCGUCUGGUGGAGAACAACGAGUACAUCUUCAGAGUGAGGGCAGAGAACAAGAUGGGAACCGGCCCCGCUAUGGAGAGCAAGCCGGUCACUGUCAGGACACAGUUCAACAAACCUGGACCCCCUGAAGCCCCUGAUGUCACCAAGGUGAGUAAAGAUGAGAUGACCGUUGUCUGGGCUCCUCCUGAGAACGACGGAGGAAAGUCUAUCACCGGCUACAUCCUGGAGAGGAAAGAGAAGAGAGCAGUGCGCUGGGUGCCGUGCACCAAGAGCCCCAUCUCAGAGAGACGCAUGAAAGUCACCAACCUGAUUCCCAACCAUGAGUACCAGUUCAGGGUGAAGGCUGAGAACGAGGUCGGCCUGGGAGAACCCAGCAAACCCUGCAGACCCGUUGCAGCCAAAGAUCCCAUCGAGCCCCCCGGCCCCCCGGCAUGCCUCAAGGUAGGCGACAGCACCAAGACCUCUAUCACCCUGUCCUGGUCUAAGCCUGUGUACGACGGCGGCGCCCCAAUCAUAAACUACAGCCUAGACAUGAGGCUGAAAAGCGAGGCGGACCCCGAGAAGCCCUCUGAGGGCUGGAAGAGGAUCGACACCCAUGGCCCGCUGGUGCACACCGAGUUCACCAUCGGCCAGCUGGAUGAGAAGCUGGAGUACGAGUUCAAGGUGUCCGCCCAAAACCAGGUGGGCUGGGGACGCCACGCUUACCUGAAGGAAGCCGUCUCCCCCAAGGAGAUCCUGGAGGCUCCAGAGAUCGACCUGGAUGCCAGUCUCAGGAAAGGCCUGUCUGUCCGGGCCGGCUGUCCAAUCAGGCUCUUUGCUGUGAUCAGAGGAAGGCCCGCCCCCAAGGUGACCUGGAAGCGCCUGGGCGUGGACAACGUGAUCCGCCGAGGUCACGUGGACCAGGUGGACACCAUGUCCUUCCUUGUCAUCCCGGAGAGCACCAGAGAGGAUUCUGGGAGAUACUCGCUGACUCUGUCCAACUCAGCUGGAGAGAAAGCUGUGUAUGUCCGCGUCAAAGUCCUCGACACCCCGGGUCCCGUGGGAGACCUGCAGGCCUGCAACAUCACCAAGACCAAUGCCCAACUGUCCUGGCUCCCCCCCGACAACGACGGGGGGAGCCCCAUCCUUAACUACAUCGUGGAGAAACGCGAGGUGGACCGCAAGACCUGGAACAAGUGCAUUGAGGACCUGAGGAAGACUAGCUUCCAUGUGACCACUAUGACGCCUGGCAUCGAGUACUACUUCAGGGUCACGGCCUGCAACAAGUACGGCAUCGGGGUUCCACAGGACUCGCCCAAGUCCUACCUGGCUGUCGACCCCAUCAGCGAGCCGGACCCUCCCAAGAAGAUGGACGUGUUGGAGAUCACCAAGAACAGCGCCACCCUGGGUUGGCUGAAGCCGCUCAGAGACGGAGGAGCCAAGAUCAAUGGCUACGUGGUGGACUACCAAGCGGAGGGCGCACCAGAGGACAAGUGGACGCCGUACUCUGUGGUCAAAGACAUGACCAUCGUGGUGGUCGGUCUCAAGGAAGGAACCAAGUACAAGUUCAGAGUGGCAGCCAGGAACUCUGUGGGCGUCAGCCUGGCCCGGGAGGCAGAGGGGGUGUUCGAGGUCAAGGAGCAGCUCAUGGCUCCGAAGGUCAUCCUGCCCGACGUGGUGACGGUCCGAGCCGGAUCCAAGAUGGUGAUCGAGGCCCUUGUGGCGGGUAAACCCGCCCCCUUCUGCAAGUGGAAGCAGGGCAGUGAGGACGUGCUGACCUCGGACCGCCUGUCGGUCGUGAAGACACUCAAUACCUGCACGCUCAUCAUUAAGAACGUGACGCGCAAGGACAGCGGCUACUACAGCCUGUCGGCCGAGAACAGCACCGGCAAGAUCAACCAGAUCCUCCGAGUCACCGUCAUGGACAUCCCUGGCCCCCCCGAGGGUCCCAUAGAGAUCACAGAGCUGGACGUCGACGCCUGCACGCUGCUCUGGAACUCCCCUCAGGAGGACGGCGGCAGCAACAUCACCAACUAUAUUGUGGAAAAGUGUGACGUUAGCCAGGGCGACUGGGUCCCCGUGACCACAUCCUGCACCAAAACCAGCUUCAGAGUUCCCAAACUCACAACUGGCAAAGAGUACGGCUUCCGAGUCCGUGCUGAGAACCGGUUGGGCAUCUCGGCGCCACUCUAUUCUGAGAAAAUGAUUGCCAGACAUCCAUUUGAUCCCCCCAGCGAGCCCAGAAACCUGCAGAUCCACAAGGUCUUCAAGGACUUUGUCAUCGUCUCAUGGGAGGUUCCCACCAGCGACGGCGGCAGCCCCAUCACCGGGUACUGCAUUGAAAAGAAGGAGAGGAACAGCCUUCUGUGGAUGAGGGCCAACGAGUCCGUGGUCCGGGCCACCCAGUACACCUGCACCGGGCUCAUAGAGGGCGUGGAGUACACCUUCAGGGUGUCGGCCAUCAACCUGGCAGGACAGGGAAAACCCUGCAAGCAGACCGACUUCGUCACCGCCAGGACCGCUGUCGACCCCCCCGGUAAACCCGAGGUGAUGGACGUGACCAAGCACUCCGUCUCAUUGGUCUGGAGCCGUCCCAAGCACGACGGUGGCAGCAAGCUGAUUGGCUACUACAUGGACGUCCCCGGUCCGUGCGAGCCGCCCGUCAUCACCAACAUCACCAAGGACUCCAUGACGGUGAGCUGGAAGGCGCCAGCCAACGACGGCAAGGCCACCAUCCUGGGCUACAUGGUGGAGAAACGCGAGGCCACGGAGCUGGCCUGGGCCAAGGUCAACCGCCGACCCGUCAUCGACCGCACCAUCAAGGCCGUCCAGCUCACCGAGGGCUCCGAGUACGAGUUCCGGGUCAUCGCCAUGAACAAGGCCGGCCUGGGGAAGCCCAGCGACGCGUCCCUGGCCGGGCUGGCCGUCGACCCCGUCUAUCCCCCCGGCCCUCCUGCCUUCCCCAAGGUGGUGGACUCCACCCGGACCUCCGUCAGCCUCAGCUGGACCAAACCGGCGUACGACGGCGGCUGCGAGAUCUUCGGCUACCUGGUGGAGUGUAAGCGGGCGGACGCCGAGCACUGGACCAAGUGCAACAUCCCCAAGAAGCUGCAGGCCACCCGGUUCCUGGUGACGGGCCUGAUGGACGACGUGGAGUACCAGUUCCGCGUCCUCGCUGUCAACAAGAUCGGCUUUAGCGAGCCCAGCGAGGUCCCUGGGAACCACAUGCCCAAAGACAUCCUGAUUGCUCCUGAAGCCGAGCUGGACGCCGACCUCAGAAAGGUUUUGGUUCUCCGAGCUGGCGUCACCAUGAGGCUCUACGUCCCCCUGAGGGGACGCCCGGCGCCGAAGGUGACGUGGUCCAAGGUGGACGCCAACCUGAAGGACAGGCAGGUGCUGAUCAAGACGUCGGACUGGGACACCCUGCUGAUGAUCGAGGACAUCAACAGAUACGACGCCGGCAAAUACGCCCUGCUGCUGGAGAACAGCAGCGGCUCCAAGACCUACACCAUCGUGGUCAAAGUGCUCGAUUCCCCCGGGCCGCCCCUGAACCUGACUGUGAAGGAGACUUCCCUGAGCCACGCCACCAUCACCUGGGACUCUCCGCAGAUUGACGGCGGCAGCCCCGUCAAGAGCUACAUCGUGGAGAAGCGCCUGGCCGAGAGGAAGGCCUGGACCUGCGUGGAGGCCAACUGUCACAAGAUCUCGUACCGGAUCCCCAACCUGGAGGCGGGGCAGGCCUACUGCUUCCGAGUGCUGGCUGAGAACGCCUACGGCAUCGGAGAGGGCUGUGAGACGGCCGGCAGCGUCCGAGCCUCAGAGCAACCGGGGCCCGUAACGGACUUUAAAGCCCUGAAGACCACCAAGGACUCCAUCGUCCUGGGCUGGAAGAAGCCCCUGAGCGACGGCGGGAGCUACAUCAGCGCCUACAUCCUGGAGCAGAGCGAAGGCGAGGGCAAAUGGAAGCAGAUCAUGAAGGGGAAGAACAACACGCACACCCUGGACGAGCUGACAGAGGGCACGGAGUACGGGUUCAGGGUCAAGGCUCUCAACCAGUCCGGAGAGGGGCCCCCCACCGAGCUCGCCGUCAUUGCCAAGAACCAGUUCGUGGCGCCGGAUUGCAACCUGAGCGCCCUGCAUGACGGCUGCUGCACGGUGAAGGAGGGCAGCACCACGCGCAUCAACAUCCCCAUCACGGGCGUGCCCCUGCCAACCGCCACCUGGAAGAAGGGCGACACAGGGAUCGGCGACACGGGCCGGAUGUGCGUGGAGGCGUCCCAUGGCGUCACCACCCUCCUGAUCCGGGACUGCCAGAGGACGGACGCCACCACCUACACCAUCAACGUGAGGAACAACGGCGGUGCCAAGGACUGCAAGUUCAAGCUGGUGGUGGUGGGCAAGCCAGGCGUCUGCACAGGGCCCAUCAAGUUCGACGAGAUCACCGCCGAUGGCAUCACGCUGGAGUGGGGGCCGCCCAAAGACAACGGCGGCGCUGAGGUGUCAAACUACAUCGUGGAAAAGAGGAGGACAACGGACAGCAAGUGGGCCACGGUUGCGUCCGCCAUCCAGAAGACCAGCAUGAGGGUGAUCCGGCUGCACGAUGGAAUUGAGUACAUCUUCAGGGUGUUCGCUGAAAACAAAUACGGCAUUGGGGAGUACCUGAGGUCGGACCCCGUCAUCGCCCAGCACCCGUUCAAUGUUCCCGAGGCGCCCGCUCCUCCACAAAUUGUGAGCAUGCGCCACGAGUCGGCCGUGUUGACGUGGGCAGAUCCGAAGGACACGGGGGGCUCCGCAAUCACUGGGUACCACGUGGAGUUUAAGGAGACCAACAGUCUGAUGUGGAAGCGGGCCAGUAAGACUCCUCUGAGAGUGAAGGAGUGCCGGGUCACCGGCCUGAUCGAGGGACUGGAGUACGAGUUCAGGGUGAUGGCCAUGAACGCAGCCGGCCUGGGACGGCCCAGCAAGGUCACCGAGGCGAUGGUUGCCCUGGAUCCGAUUGAUCCCCCCGGUAAGCCUGAGGUGAUCAACGUCACCAGGACCUCGGUCACUCUGAUCUGGACCCCUCCAAAAUAUGACGGGGGCCACAAGCUGACUGGCUACAUGGUGGAGAAGCUGGAGGUUGACGGCAAGGCGUGGAUGAAGGCCAACCACGUCAACAUCCAGGGCUGUGCCUUCACCGUCACGGACCUGACGGAGGGAUCUCAGUACCAGUUCAAGAUCAGGGCCAAGAACUCUGCCGGGGCCAUCAGCGUUCCUUCAGAGCAGACUGAUCUGCUGACCUGCAAGGAUGAGUACGAGCCCCCGACCAUCACUAUUCACCCAGACAUGAAGGACGGUGUAUCGGUCAAGGCCGGUGACACCAUUGUGAUCUCAGCCUCCAAGAUUGUUGGCAAACCUCCACCCACUGCCAUCUGGUCCAAGGGAGGCCGAGAGUUAAAGAGCUCUGACACCGUCACCAUCACCAGCACCCCCAUCUCCUCCACUCUGGCUAUCAAGUACGCAAGCCGGAAGAACACAGGAGACUACGUCAUCACCGCCAGCAACCCCUUCGGCAUUAAAGAAGAGCGUGUAAAGGUGAAGGUCCUUGAUGUGCCGGGACCUCCGGGCCCCAUCGAAGCCAGCGUCAUUACAGCGGAGAAGUGUACUCUGACCUGGCUUCCACCAGAGGAGGACGGAGGCUUCUCCAUCAAGUCCUACAUUGUUGAGAAGAGAGAGACCAGCCGCCUGCAGUGGACCAAGCUGGCGGAAGACGUCAUGGACUGCAGACAUGUCGCCGCCAAACUGAUCAAGGGCAACGAGUACAUCUUCAGAGUGUGCGCUGUGAACCAGUGUGGCACCGGAGACUCCAGCCAGUCCGGUCCAGUAAAAAUGGUUGACAGUUACCGCCCACCAGGUCCCCCCUCAACCCCAGAGGUUGACAACAUCAGCAGAAACGCUGUCACCAUUUCAUGGAAGAGACCAGUACAGGACGGAGGAAGUGACAUUAGAGGAUACUGUGUAGAGAGGAAAGAAAGGAGAGGAAUGAGAUGGGUGAGAGCCUGCAAGAGGACAGUCCCUGACCUGCGCUUUAAGGUGCAGGGCCUAAAUGAGGGAACAGAGUAUGAGUUUAGAGUCACUGCUGAGAACAAGGCUGGAUUUGGGACGCCAAGUGAGCCAUCUCAACCUGUGAUCACCAAGGACAUUGUCUAUCCACCUGGUCCUCCAUCUAACGUCAAAAUUACAGAAACCACAAAAACCACAGCUUCUAUGGUCUGGGGCCGACCCCACUAUGAUGGUGGUCUGGAAGUAGAUGGAUAUAUUGUUGAGUACAAAAAGGAAGGGCUUGAUGACUGGGAGGUGGAGACACAGUAUCCAUUGAAAGCUACUGAAUACGUUAUUGGUAAACUUCAAAAAGGGGGCAAAUACCACUUCAGAGUCAGCGCUGUUAAUUCUGAGGGAGUCGGCGAGCCUGCAGAGGUUGAGAAAGUGACUGAACUGGUGGACCAGGAGACGCUACCAGACUUUGAGCUGGAUGCUGAACUCAGGAGAACCCUGGUGGUCAGGUGCCGUGCUUCAAUCCGUUUGUUUGUGCCAAUUAGGGGACGUCCUGUUCCAGAUGUAACCUGGACCAAAGAUGAUAUCAACUUGAAAACACGUGCACACAUUGACACCACAGAGUCCUACACUCUACUAGUUAUUCCUGACUGCACCAGAUAUGAUGCCGGAAAGUACAACCUGUGUCUUGAGAAUGUUGCUGGAAAAAAGACCGGAUUUGUUAAUGUCAGGGUUUUGGACACACCAGGACCACCAGUAAAUGUCCAGCCUAGGGAGAUCACUAAGAACAGCAUCACCCUCCAGUGGGAAAUCCCCAUAAUCGAUGGCGGUUCAAAGAUUCACAGAUAUGUAAUUGAAAAGAGGGAGGCCACCAAGAAGGCCUACACAGUGCUUUCCACUACAUGGCAGAAGUGUUCCUACAAGUUUACAGACCUUGAAGAGGGAGCCUACUACUACUUCCGUAUCUCUGCUGAGAAUGACCUGGGUGUAGGUGAGCCUGCUGAGUCUCCUGAGCCAAUCAGGGUGUCUCAGGCCCCCAUUGCGCCAGAGAACUUGUAUGUUACAGAUGUUACAGCUGAUAGUGCCAGCCUGGCAUGGGCUAAGCCUCUGCAUGAUGGUGGCAGUUUGAUCACCGGAUAUGUCAUUGAGGCCCAGAAGAAGGACACUGAGCAGUGGGUCCAUAUGGGCACCAUCAAGGCUCUGGACUACACUGUCACCGAUUUGAUUGAAGGUGCAGAAUAUACCUUCCGCAUAAUGGCUGUCAAUGCAUCAGGCAGGAGCGACCCUCGUGAGAGCAGGCCAGCUAUUAUCAAAGAGCAUACUUCCGCUCCUUCCUUUGACCUGCGUGGAGUGUACCAGAAUACGGUCAUUGCCAAGGCAGGGGACCGUGUCAAGGUGGAGAUUCCAGUGCUCGGCAAACCUAGACCUGACGUUUCCUGGAAGAAGGGAGACAUAAGGAUCAAGGAGACACAACGAAUCAACAUUGAAACCACACCAACAUCUACUAUCCUCAACAUUGGUGAGAUCAAGAGGACUGAUGAAGGCCAGUAUUCAAUGACUGGUAAGAACAUGCUGGGUACAGUGACUGAGACAAUCACGGUCCUGGUCCACGACAUUCCAGGUCCUCCCACUGGUCCCAUCAAGCUGGAAGAGGUCUCAUGUGAUUAUGUUCUAAUGUCCUGGGAAGCACCAGAGAGUGAUGGAGGUGUACCUAUCAACAACUAUAUUGUUGAGAUGCGGGAGACUACUGGUACUUCCUGGAUGGAGUUGGCAGCUACAGUGAUCCGCACCACAUUCAAGGCCGCCCGACUCAACACUGGAACCCAAUAUCAAUUCCGUGUAAAGGCCCAGAACAGAUAUGGCAUCGGACCAUGCAUUAUCUCUGAACCAGUGUUGGCUGCCUAUCCAUUUGAUGUGCCAGGCCAGCCAGGCAUUCCUGUGGUCACAUCUUUCAACAAGGAUGCAAUGACUCUGAGCUGGAACGAGCCUUCCUCUGACGGAGGCAGUGCCAUCCUUGGCUAUCAUGUGGACAGAAAAGAGAAAAACAGCAUUCUGUGGCAGAGGGUCAGCAAGGCUCUUGUUGUCGGAAAUAUCUUCAAAUCAACAGGCCUUGUUGAUGGAAUUGCAUAUGAGCACCGUGUUAUUGCUGAAAACAUGGCUGGUCUCAGCAAACCCAGCAAACCCUCUGAUACUAUGUAUGCUUUGGACCCUGUCGACCCACCAGGUAGGCCUGUGGCACUGAAUGUCACCAGACAUGAGGUGACAGUGUCAUGGACCAAACCAGAGGGAGAUGGCGGAUUUUCCAUCACUGGCUACACAGUAGAGAGGAGAGAGAUGCCCAAUGGACGCUGGCUCAAAGCCAACUUCAACAACAUCCUAGAAACCAUCUACACAGUCAGUGGUCUGAUCGAAGACGCAACUUAUGAAUUCCGAGUGUUGGCUAGAAACUCAGCCGGUGCUGUUAGUGCUCCAUCCCCAACAUCAGAGGCAAUCACAUGCAGAGAUGACAUUGAAGAGCCCAAGCUUGAUGUUGAUGCAUCCUAUAGCAGCAAUGUUGUUGUCAUGGCAGGAGACGUGUUCAAGCUGGAGGCCAGUGUGACUGGCAGGCCUCUACCGUCUUUGGUAUGGACCAAGGAAGGAAAGGAGCUUGUUGAUACAGCCAAGAUAGAGAUAAAGACAACUGAUUUCCACACAACUUUAAUUAACAAAGAUUCCCUGAGGAGGGACGGAGGUGUUUUCAUUCUGACCGCCAGCAAUCCUGGUGGAUUUGCCAAGUUUACCUAUAAUGUCAAGGUGCUCGACAGACCUGGACCACCAGACUCCCUCACUGUUACUGACGUCACUGCUGAGAAAUGUGUUCUUAACUGGCAGCACCCAACACAUGAUGGUGGUGCCAAGAUUGAGUACUUUAUCAUUCAGAGGCGAGAGACCAGUCGGUUGGCAUGGACAAAUGUGGCUACAGAUCUUCAAGCAAACAGGCUCAAGGUUACCAAGCUUCUAAAGGGCAAUGAAUACAUCUUUAGAGUAAUGGCUGUAAACAAGUAUGGCGUGGGUGAGCCCCUGGAGUCUGAAGCGGUCAUCUGUGCCAACCCCUAUGUCGCCAGUGACCCACCAACACAGCCUGAAGUCACCAGCAUUACCAAGGACUCCAUGGUCGUCUGCUGGGAGCGCCCUGAACAUGAUGGAGGCAGCAGAAUAAACACAUACAUAAUUGAGAGAAGGGAUAAGACUGGUCUGCGCUGGGUAAAAUGUAACAAGAGGACUGUAACUGACCUUCGUUUCAAGGCCUCUGGCCUCACACCAGAUCAUGAGUAUGAAUUCAGAGUUUUCGCUGAAAAUAAUGCUGGUCUAAGUCAGCCUAGUCCUUCCAGUCCAUUCUACAAAGCCGUAGACACCAUCUUCCAGCCUGGACCUCCAGGGAACCCCAGAGUGCUGGACACAACCAAGUCUUCCAUCACCCUUGCCUGGAACAAGCCUGUCUACGAUGGUGGUUCUGAGAUCACUGGUUACAUUGUAGAGACCUGCCUGCCUGAGGAGGAUGAGUGGACAAUACACACUCCCAAGAAGGGAUGGACAGCCACUUCCUUCACUAUUACCAACUUGAAGGAAAACCAAGAUUACAAAAUCAACAUCUGUGCCACUAAUUGUGAGGGAGUGGGAGAGCCCGCUGCUGUUCCUGGAACCCCCAAGGCUGAAGACAGAUUACUUCCUCCAGAAAUUGAACUUGGAGCAGAGCUGCGUAAAGUAGUCAUUCUCAGAGCCUGUAGCACACUCAGACUCUUUGUUCCUAUUAAGGGCAGACCUGUACCUGAAGUUAAAUGGUCAAGAGAACAUGGAGAAUCCCUAGACCGAGCUCUCAUUGAAAUCACCCCAUCAUUCACCACUCUUCAGGUAGACAAUGUUGACAGGUUUGAUGCAGGUAAAUACAUAGUGACUGUAGAGAAUGCCUCAGGAAGCAAAACAGCCUAUGUUAAUGUCAGGGUGCUAGAUAGUCCUGGGGCACCUCAGAAUCUGAUUAUCAAGGAGGUCACUAGAGAUUCAGUUUCACUCGUUUGGGACGCACCUCUCAUUGAUGGUGGCUCCAGAGUCCGCAACUACAUUGUGGAGAAGCGUGAGUCACACAGAAAGGCCUACACAACUGUCUGUGCCAGCUGCCAUAAGUCUAGUUGGAAAAUUGGAGACCUGGAGGAAGGAAAAAUGUACUCAUUUAGAAUCCUGGCUGAAAAUGAAUAUGGCAUUGGCCUCCCAGUAGAGACUGUUGAACCAAUUAAAGUGUCAGAGAAGCCUCUACCACCAGGCAAAGUGACCCUUCAUGAAGUUACCAGCUCCAGUGUCACACUAACUUGGGAAAAGCCUGACCAUGAUGGUGGGAGCCGAAUUACAGGCUAUAAUGUGGAGAUGCAGGGUAAAGGCAGUGAUAAGUGGAUCCAGGUCAUGGUUGUAAAGACCAAUGAGGCUGUUGUAACAGGCCUUACACAGGGAGAGGAGUACAUUUUCCGUAUCUCAGCCACCAAUGAAAAGGGAGUUAGUGACCCACGUCUUCUUAGUGUUCCUGUUGUAGCUAAAGACCUAGUCAUCUCCCCAACCUUUAAACUGCUUUUUAGUACAUACAGUGUGCUAGCAGGUGAUGAUCUGAAGAUAGAUGUACCAUAUUCCGCCUGUCCCAAAGCUACAGCAACUUGGCUCAAAGAUGGCAUUGCUCUCAAGGAGACAACAAGAGUUAAUGCUGAUGCCACAGACAAAAACCUUCUCCUGGUUAUUAAGGAUGCUUGCAGAGAUGAUGUGGGCACAUACACUAUCAAACUGAUCAACGCAGUUGGAGAGGCAUCUACAGACAUCAGCGUUGUUGUUCUAGAUAAGCCCGGUCCUCCAACUGGACCAAUAAAGAUGGAUGAGGUUACUGCUGACAGCGUGGUCCUGUCCUGGAAUCCACCAGAGUAUGACGGUGGUUGCACCAUUAACAAUUACAUUGUUGAGAAGAGAGACACAUCUACCACUAACUGGCAGAUUGUGUCAGCUACCGUGGCCAGAACCACUAUCAAGGCAGCCCGUCUGAGGACUGGAACUGAGUAUCAGUUCAGGAUUGCUGCAGAGAAUAGAUAUGGCAAAUCUUCAGUCCUGCUCUCUGAAACCAUUGUUGCUCAGUAUCCAUUUGAGGUUCCCCACCCACCACGUUCUGUUGUAGUCCAGUCAGCCACCAAGGAGAGCAUGGUGGUUGUUUGGGAGAAACCCAGCAGUGACGGUGGAAGCAAAAUUAUGGGCUACCACUUGGAGCUAAAAGAGAGAAACAGUAUACUGUGGGUGAAACAGAACAAACAAAUAAUCCCAGAGACCAGAUUUAAGGUUGUUGGCCUUGAGGAGGGUAUUGAGUAUGAGUUCAGAGUUUAUGCUGAGAACAUUGUUGGCCUGAGCAAAGCCAGCAAACUGACUGAAAUGCAAGUGGCCAGAGAUCCUUGUGACAGACCAGGAAAACCAGAGGCUGUUAUAGUGACAAGAAACCAAGUGACACUCAGAUGGACCAAACCAGAGUAUGAUGCCGGCAUUAAGAUCACAGGCUAUGUGGUUGAGAAGAAAGAGGGAGCUGGCCGCUGGAUGAAGGCCAGUUUUGCCAACGUCAUUGAGACCGUAUUUGUUGUCACAGGACUUACUGAAGAUCAAAUUUAUGAGUUUCGUGUUAUUGCCAGGAAUGCAGCCGGUGUCUUCAGCCAGCCUUCUGAUUCUACUGGAGCCAUCACUGCCAAGGAUGAGGUGGAUCCACCUAAGAUUGACCUAGAAGCUAAGUACUCCCAGGCUGUGGUGGUAAAUGCUGGAGAGACGUUCAAGCUCGAGGCUACUGUCUCUGGUAAGCCUGUGCCCACAAUACACUGGAUAAAGGAAGGCAAAGAAAUUUCUGAAGCAGCUCGUCUGGAGCUUAAGAACACAGACUUUACAGCUUGUGUAGUUGUUAAAGAAGCUAUCCGUGUUGAUGGAGGUCAGUACACUUUGCUGGUAAAGAAUGUUGGAGGAGAGAAAUCUGUCAACAUUAAUGUCAAGGUCCUGGACAGACCAGGUCCACCCGAUGGUCCUAUCUCUAUCUAUGGGAUCACCAGUGAGAAAUGCUGCAUUGCCUGGAAAUCUCCCUUGCAAGAUGGAGGUAGCGAUGUGUCCCAUUACAUUGUUGAGCGGAGGGAAACCAGCCGACUGGUUUGGACUGUAGUUGAACAAAAGGUUCAGACCCUGAGCCUGAAGAUCACAAAACUACUUCCUGGCAAUGAGUAUAUCUUCAGAGUGAUUCCAGUCAACAAAUAUGGAGUUGGUGAGCCUCUAGAAUCCGAGCCAAUGAUUGCCAGAAAUCAAUUUGUCACUGCGGACGCUCCAACUGAGGUGGAAAUCUCCACAAUCACCAAAGAGUCCAUGGUCGUGACCUGGGAGAGACCAACUAAUGAUGGUGGGAGUCCCAUCCAGGGAUACAUUGUUGAAAAACGUGACAAAGAUGGUGUGAGAUGGACUAGGUGCAACAAGCGCACAGUGAGUGAGCUGCGUUUCAGAGUGACUGGGCUCCUAGAAAACCACAGCUAUGAAUUCAGAGUCUCUGCUGAAAAUGCUGCUGGUGUUGGCAAACCUAGUGCACCAACAGUGUACUACAAAGCAUUGGAUCCUAUCUUCAAAGCAGGCCCCCCAAACAACCCCAAAGUGGUGGACACAUCUAGGUCCACUGUUUCCCUGACAUGGGGCAAACCCAUCUAUGAUGGUGGCUGUGAGAUUCAGGCUUACAUUGUUGAGGCCUGUGAUGUAGCAUCUGAUGAGUGGUUUAUAUGUACUCCCCCAACUGGAAUCACAGACACUAAGUUUACAGUGACAAAGCUUCUGGAGAAGCACGAAUACCAAUUUAGAGUGUUUGCCAUCAACAAAGUUGGUGUUGGUGAGCAUGCUGAUAUCACAGGGAAGAUUCUUCUGGAGGAGAAACUUGAGGCUCCAGAUCUUGACCUUGAUGCGGAUAUGAGAAAGAUGAUCAACAUUAGAGCAGCAAGCACUCUCAGGCUGUUUGUUCCUGUGAGAGGUCGUCCAGCUCCUGAGGUGAAAUGGGGCAAGGCUGAGGGUGAGAUUAAGGAGACUGCCCAGAUUGAUAAUACAGGCACCUAUGCUUCACUUGUCAUUGAAAAUGUUGACAGAUUUGACACAGGAAAGUACACCCUGACUGCAGAAAAUGCCAGCGGAGUAAAGUCUGUCUUCAUAAGUGUCAGAGUCCUGGACUCACCUAGUCCACCAGCUAACUUCAUUGUGAAGGAGAUUACCAAAAACUCUGUCACUCUCACAUGGGAGCCUCCACUUCUUGAUGGCGGCUCAAAGAUAAAGCAUUACAUCGUUGAGAAGCGUGAGAGCACUAGAAAGGUUUAUUCUCCCAUUACUACCUGCAACAAGAUGUCAUGGAAAGUUGAGCCUCUCCCAGAGGGUGGAAUCUUCUUCUUCAGAGUCCUGGCUGAGAAUGAAUAUGGCGUGGGUCUCCAAGCCAAAACCUUAGAACCAAUAAAGAUAUCUGAGAAGCCUCAGCCACCUGGCAAAGUUAGUGUUGUUGACGUCACUUCUAGCACUGUAACUCUCACCUGGGAGAAGCCUGAGCAUGACGGCGGCAGUAGGAUUAGUUACUAUGAAGUCGAACUUGCACCUAAGGACAGUGAAGCUUGGUCUCUGUGUGCCAGUGGGAAGGCACUGGAGACUGUAGUGACAAACCUACUCAAGGGAGACGAGUACCAGUUCAGAGUUGUUGCUGUAAAUGACAAGGGUAAAAGUGACCCCAGACAAUUGGCUCACACUGUUGUAACUAAGGACCUUGUGAUUGAGCCUGCUGUUAGACCCAAAGUGAGCACAUACCAUGUCCAGGUAGGAUAUGACCUAAAGAUAGAGGUCCCAAUUGCUGGUCAUCCAAAGCCAACCAUCACUUGGACCAAGGACGGAGCCGCCCUGAAGCAGACAACCAGAGUCAAUGUCACAGAUUCACCACGUCUUACCACUCUCACCAUAAAGGAUGCUACCAAAGAUGAUGGAGGCAUGUACAGCAUCAAUAUUGCCAAUACCCUGGGUUCCAAAGAUGCAACUAUUGAGGUUAUUACCCUGGACAAACCAGGCCCACCAACAGGCCCUGUUAAAUUUGAGGAUGUCAGUGCUGAGAGUAUGACUCUUAACUGGGAGCCUCCUACAUAUACAGGUGGCUGCCCAAUCUCCAACUAUGUGGUUGAGAAGAGAGACACAACCACAACCAACUGGGUGGUCGUAUCUGCCACUGUGGCCAGAACAACGCUAAAGGUGGCCAAUCUGAAGACAGGCAGUGAAUACCAGUUCAGAAUCUAUGCUGAGAACAGAUAUGGAAAGAGUUAUGCAAUUGAUUCAGAGCCUGUUGUGGCACAGUAUCCGUUCCAGGAGCCUGGCCCACCAGGAACACCAUUUGUGUCUCUGUACUCUAAAGACUAUAUGGUGGUAGAGUGGCACAAGCCCCCAUCUGAUGGAGGCAGUGCCAUCUUGGGCUACCAUCUGGAGAGAAAGGAGAAGAACAGUAUCCUCUGGACCAAGAUCAACAAAAUGCUCAUCCAAGACUGCAGGUUCAAAUCUACUCCUCUUGAGGAAGGCAUUGAAUAUGAGUACAGAGUCUAUGCUGAAAAUAUAGUUGGCAUUGGAAAAUGCAGCAAAGUUUCUGAGGGGUAUGUAGCCCGUGACCCAUGUUACCCCCCUGGCCGUGCUGAGGCUUUAAUUGUAACUAGGCAUUCAGUGAAGCUGAAGUGGACCCCUCCAGAGUAUGAUGGUGGAAGCUUAAUUACUGGAUAUGUAGUGGAGAAACGUGACCUUCCUGAAGGAAAGUGGAUGAAAGCCAGCUUUGCAAAUGUUAUUGAACAUGAAUUCACAGUUACAGGCCUAGUGGAAGACAGUAAAUAUGAUUUCAGAGUAAUUGCAAGAAAUGGAGCUGGUGCUGUCAGCAAGCCCUCUGAAGGCACAGGAUCCAUCACAGCCAAGGAUGAAAUUGAACCACCUAAGUGUGAGACAGAUCCUAUGUACAACCAGACCAUUGUUAUCAAUGCCGGAGAAACUUUCAGUCUGGAGGCCAGCGUGGAAGGAAAGCCCAUCCCCACAGCUCAGUGGUUCAAGGGAAAUGUUGAAGUUGAAAACUCUGCAAGAGCUGAGCUGAAAAACACUGAUUUCAAGGCUUUGCUCCUUGUGAAGGAUGCCAUCAGAGUGGACGGUGGACAGUACACACUGGUUCUGACUAAUGUAGCUGGAAGUAAGACUGUUCCAUUCAGUGUGAAAGUCCUGGACAGACCAGGCCCUUCAGAGGGACCUCUUACUGUCAGCAAUGUCACUGAAGAGAAGUGCUCACUGUCAUGGCUGCCCCCCAGGCACGAUGGAGGAGCUAGCAUUUCUCACUAUGUCAUUCAGAAGAGAGAAACCAGCCGCCUGGCAUGGACAGUUGUGUCAAGUGACUGUGGAGCUACCAUGUUCAAGGUUACCAAGCUGUUGAAGGGCAAUGAGUACAUCUUCAGAAUCAUGGCUGUCAACAAAUAUGGCGUGGGCGAGCCUCUUGAAUCAGCUCCAGUUAUCAUGAGAAAUCCUUAUGUUCCCCCUAGCUCACCUCAGGAGCUUGAGAUCACUAACAUUACCAGGGACUCCAUGACUGUCUGCUGGAACCGCCCUGAAUCCAAUGGAGGCAGUGAGAUUGUUGGUUACAUUGUUGAGAAGAGAGACAGAGCUGGAGUGAGGUGGACCAAGUGCAACAAACGUAGAGUGACAGACUUGCGUUUCAGAGUAACAGGUCUGACUGAGGACCAUGAAUAUGAAUUCAGGCUAUCUGCUGAGAAUGCAGCUGGAGUGGGUCUGCCAAGCCCACCUACACCGUACCUCAAAGCCUGUGAUCCCUCCUUUGAGCCGGGCUGUCCCACCAAUGCCCAUGUGGUCGACACUACUAAAGACACCGUCAGUGUGGCCUGGCACCGGCCUAUCUAUGAUGGUGGUUGUGAGAUUCAAGGAUACGCUGUGGAAAUUACUAAGGCUGAUGAAGAGGAGUGGAGCAUGUGCACCCCACCCUCCGGAGUUAAUGCUACCAAGUUUACCAUCACCAAGUUGAUAGAGCACCAGGAAUACAAGGUGCGCAUAUGUGCCAUCAAUAAGCUGGGUGUUGGCGAGGCUACCGAGGUUGAGGGAGUCGUGAAACCUCUCGAUAAGAUUGAACCUCCAGAAGUGAUUCUGAAUUCAGAGCUCAGAAAGGGAAUAGUUGUCCGUGCAGGAGGCUCUAUGAGAAUCUCCGUUCCAUUCAAGGGCCGUCCUACGCCUGAGAUCAGCUGGGCCAAGGAGGAUGGACCACUGCCCAGUAAAGUUCAGAUCGACACUGGUGAAGAUUACACACAGCUCUCCAUUGACAUCUGUGACAAAUAUGAUGCUGGAAAAUACAUUCUCAACUUGGAAAAUAGCGCUGGCAGCAAAUCAGCCUUUGUCUCUGUUAGAGUUCUGGACACUCCAGGGGCGCCUCUGAAUCUAACCGUAAAAGACAUUAAGAGGGAAAGUGUCACUCUGACAUGGGAGCCUCCUCUCAUUGAUGGUGGUGCAAGGAUCAAAAAUUAUCUUGUUGAAAAGCGUGAGUCUACCAGGAUAGUUUACUCUAACGUGGACAACAAGUGCACAAAGACAAGCUACCGUAUCACUGGCCUCACUGAGGGAAUCAUCUACUAUUUCAGAGUCUUGGCUGAGAAUGAGUUUGGCGUGGGACAAGGAGCUGAGACCGAAGACCCAGUUAAGACCUCUGAACCUCCUCUGUCAGUGGGUAAGGUCACUUUGACUGAAGUGACCAAAACCUCUGCUUCCUUCUCCUGGGAGAAGCCAGACCAUGAUGGAGGCAGCAGAAUAGUGGGCUAUUACAUUGAGAUGCAGCCUGUGGGUUCAGAAGAAUGGGUGGUAGCUGCUACAACCAAAACUUGUGAGGGCACUGUCACAGGCCUAAGUGCAGGCCAUGAGUACCUGUUUAGAGUGUCAGCUUUCAAUGAGAAGGGCAAGAGUGACCCAAGGCCUCUGGCUGCACCAGUCACUGCUAAAGAUUUAACAAUUAAGCCCAGAUUCAAGAUGACGUUCAACACAUACAGUUUACAGGCAGGUGAGGAUCUGAAGAUGGAGAUUUCAGUAAUUGGACGUCCUGUUCCCACGGUUGAAUGGAAGAAAGAUGGCCAUGCUCUUAAGGAGACAACCAGACUGAAUGUAUUAAGCACAGCAUCAUCUACUAAGCUGUGCAUCAAGGAUGCAAAUAAGGAAGACUCUGGUAAAUACACCCUAACAGCCACCAGCAGUAUUGGAACAGCUACAGAGGAGAUUACUGUCAUUAUUCUUGAAAAGCCUGGUCCACCCACAGGCCCUGUGAAGAUUGAGGAAGUUAGCUCUAAUCAUGUUACUCUCUCCUGGGAGCCACCACAGUACACCGGAGGUUGUCAGAUCAACAACUAUAUUGUGGAGAAGAGAGACACCACCACAACAGCAUGGCAGAUUGUGUCUGCUACUAUUGCCAGGACAACCAUCAAAGUCAGCAACUUGAAGACUGGAACUGAGUAUCAAUUCAGAGUGUCUGCUGAGAACAGAUAUGGAAAGAGUUCUGCCAUUGUCUCUCCCACUGCUAUUGCUCAGUAUCCAUUCACUGUGCCUGCUGCCCCAGAAACACCAUUUAUUUCUGCUGCAACCAAGGAUAAUAUGGUUGUUGAGUGGAAACCUCCAACCAACAAUGGUGGGAGCCCCGUCCUAGGCUAUCACCUUGAGAGAAAGGAGAAGAACAGCCUCCUGUGGACUCAACUCAACAAACUUCUAAUCCCAGACACACGUUUCAAGACUACAGAGCUGGAAGAAGGUAUUGAGUAUGAGUUCAAAGUUUAUGCUGAGAACAUUGCUGGACUUAGCCCAGCAAGCAAGGUCUCUGAAAGCACUGUAGCCAGGGACCCCUGUGACCCACCAGGCACUCCAGAAGCCAUUCAAAUUACCAGAAAUCAAGUUACACUUCAGUGGACCAGGCCUCAGUAUGAUGGAGGCAGUGCAAUUACUGGCUAUCUGAUCGAAAGGAGGAAGCACCCAGAUAACCGCUGGAUGAAAGCCACCUUCACCAACAUCAUUGAUACCCAGUUCACACUCACUGGCCUUACUGAGGACUGUGUUUACGAGUUCAGAGUUGUUGCCAGGAACGCUGCAGGCAUUUCCAGCCGUCCUUCUCAGAGCACAGGAGAAAUUACUGCUAAAGAUGAAAUUGAGGCUCCAGAGGUCACCAUGGAUUCUAAAUUCAAAGAUUUAACUGUUGUUAGUGCUGGUGAUACAUUUGUCAUUGAUGCUGACUUCACUGGCAAGCCACUGCCUGAAAUCUCUUGGAUAAAGGAUGGAAAGGAGAUUGACAAAACCACACCAAGAAUGGAGGUCAAGACCACACUCACACGUACUAUCCUGACAGUCAAGGAAUGCAUCAGAGUGGAUGGUGGCCACUUUGUUCUCAAACUUGUCAAUGUAGGAGGAGUCAAGAUGAUCCCAGUUAAUGUUAAAGUUCUGGAUAGACCUGGUCCACCGGAUGGCCCACUUGAAGUUAAAGGUGUCACAGCUGAAAAAUGUUAUCUGCACUGGAACCAUCCCUCACACGAUGGUGGAGCCAGCAUCUCUCACUACAUCAUUGAGAAGAGAGAGACCAGUCGUUUGUCAUGGACCGUUGUUGAGCCCAAGAUCCAGGCCAUCAGCUACAAAAUCACAAAACUGCUACCUGGCAAUGAAUACAUCUUCCGAGUCACUGCUGUGAAUAAAUAUGGCGUUGGUGAGCCUUUGGAAUCUGAUCCUGUUAUUGCUCGUAACCCCUUCACUACUCCCAGCGCACCCUCUACCCCAGAAACAAGCGCUAUCACCAGGGACUCCAUAGUGCUUACAUGGGAGAGACCAGAGCAUAACGGAGGAGCUGAUAUUGAAGGGUAUGUCCUUGAAAAACGUGAUAAGGAUGGCAUCAGAUGGACUAAAUGCAACAAGAAGAGGCUAAAUGACCUGCGAUUCAGAUGCACUGGCCUCACAGAGGGCCACUCUUAUGAAUUCAGGAUCUCAGCUGAAAAUGCUGCUGGUGUGGGAAAGCCUAGUGCACCAACUGAAUACAUCAAGGCCUGUGAUGCCAUUUACCCACCAGGACCUCCUAAUAACCCUAAAGUCACUGGCAAUUCAAGCACCACAGUCUCUCUGUCCUGGUCCAGGCCUAUCUAUGAUGGUGGCGCACAGAUCAGCGGAUAUGCUAUUGAAAGGAAGGAGGCAACGGAUGAUGAAUGGAUCACUUGCACACCCUCAAGUGGUGUUCAAGCCACCCAAUAUACAGUAAAGCAUCUAAAGGAGAAUGCAGAGUACAACUUCCGCAUCUUUGCUAUUAACUGUGAGGGAGUAGGAGAGCAUGUGGACUUACCUGGUUCUGUGAUUGCCGCGGAGAAGCUGGAGGCUCCUGAAAUUGAACUAGAUGCUGACCUGAGGAAGAUGGUCAAUGUCCGUGCCUCUGCCACCUUACGUCUGUUUGUGACAAUCAGAGGAAAGCCCGAGCCUGAGGUCCGAUGGUCAAAGGCUGAUGGCACUUUGAAUGAGCGUGCCCAAAUUGAAGUCACAAGCUCUUACACAAUGCUGGUGAUUGAGAACGUCGACAGAUUUGACACUGGCAAAUAUGUACUGACCCUUGAGAACCUCAGUGGCUCCAAAUCAGCCUUCAUCAAUGUUAGAGUUCUGGAUUCCCCCAGCACUCCUACCAACCUUGUAAUUAAGGAUGUGAAGAGAAGUUCUGUCUCUCUCUCCUGGGAGCCUCCUCUAAUAGACGGCGGGGCUAAGAUAUCACACUAUAUUGUGGAACAGAGAGAGCAAAAGAGAAUGGCUUUCACCAGUGUUUGCACAAACUGUGUGAGGAACUCGUACAUUAUCUCUGACCUGCAGGAAGGAGGCCGGUAUUAUUUCCGUGUGUUGGCUGUGAAUGAGCUGGGAGUAGGUCUGCCGGCAUCCACGGAUCAAGUCAAAGUGGCUGAGGCUCCUUUGCCUCCUGGAAAGGUUCAUCUGGUUGAUGUGACUCGUCACACUGUCACUCUUUCCUGGGAGAAACCGGAUCAUGAUGGAGGCAGCAAGAUAACAAACUUUAUAGUGGAGAUGCAACCCAAGGGAGAUGACAAAUGGACUGUUUGCAGUGAAGUCAAAGCACUGGAAGCUACAAUUGAUGGACUCACAAGUGGAGAAGAAUACUCCUUCAGGGUGUUUGCAGUGAAUGAUAAGGGCAAGAGUGAUGCCAAGCCUCUGGCUACCCCUGUAGUGGUGAAAGACAUCACAGUGGAACCCACCAUCAACCUGUUGUAUGACACAUACAGUGUAAAAGCCGGAGAUGACCUGAAGAUUGAUGUUCCCAUCAAAGGCAGACCUCAGCCUGAAGUAUCCUGGAAGAAGGACGGCCAGGCGCUAAAGCAGACAACCAGGGUCAAUGUUCUUACUUCCAAGACCUCAUCCAAGAUUUUCAUCAAGGAAGCAAUCAAGGAGGAUAAAGGAAAUUAUGAGAUUACUCUGACAAACUCGCUUGCCACCAAGACAGCUGUAGUCCACGUUGUAAUCCUUGACAAACCUGGCCCACCCAGCAACAUUAGGAUGGAUGAGGUGAGCGCUGACUUCAUCACACUGUCCUGGGAUCCUCCAACCUAUACCGGUGGAUGUCAAAUUAAUAACUAUGUGGUGGAGAAAAGAGACACUACCACAACCUCAUGGCAGAUUGUCUCAGCGACAGUAGCCAGGACGUCAAUCAAGGUCACUCGUCUCAAUCAGGGAACAGAGUAUCAGUUCCGUGUUGCAGCUGAGAACCGUUAUGGCAAGAGUUCAGCCAUUGACUCUACUCCUGUUAUUGCCCAGUAUCCCUUCGAGCCUCCUGGCCCACCUACCAACGUCCAUGUUUCCCAUGCUACCAAGUACGGCAUGCUUGUGGUAUGGGGCAGACCUGCCAGUGAUGGUGGCAGCCCUGUAAUUGGUUACCACAUUGAAUGCAAAGACCAAAGCAGCAUCCUGUGGACCAAGGUCAACAGAGGUCUGCUGGCUGAGAACCAGUUUAAGAUGACAGGCAUUGAAGAAGGAUUGAUGUAUCAGUUCAGAGUCUAUGCUGAGAAUAUUGCUGGAAUUGGUCCAUGCACUAAGGCCAGUGACCCUGUGGCAGCCAGGGAUCCAUGUGAAUCUCCACAUAACCUUAGAGUCACCAACAUUACCAGGACUUCAGUUUCCCUUUACUGGGAUAAACCAGAAUAUGAUGGCGGAGUAAAGAUAACUGGCUAUAUUGUUGAGCGUAAAGAACUUCCUGAUGGCCGCUGGCUGAAAUGCAACUUCACCAACCUGCAAGACACUUACUUUGAUGUCACAGGCCUCACAGAAGAUGUUCAAUAUGACUUCCAUGUCAUUGCUAAGAAUUCUGCAGAGCUAUUGAGUGCUCCAUCAAAGAGCACUGGUCCUGUCACAGUCAAGGAUGAUGUAGACCCUCCAUCUAUUAUCAUGGAAGACAAGUUCAGACAGCUGGUUGUUGUUAAGGCUGGAGAAGUCAUUCAAAUUGAUGCUGAAAUCACAGGCCGUCCACUCCCAGUUGUCUCAUGGUCAAAGGAUGGAAAGGAGAUUGAGGCGAAGGCCAGGUAUGAAAUCCACUCCACCAACUUUACAACCACAUUUAUUGUCAGAGAUGCCAUCAGGAGAGACUCUGGCCAAUAUGUCCUGACCCUGCACAAUGUGGCAGGAACUAGAUCUGUGGCUGUCAACUGUAAAGUUCUUGACCGACCUGGACCUUCCUCAGGACCAAUGACAGUAACUGGCCUCACAGCUGAGAAAUGCACCAUAACGUGGGGUCCCCCUCAAGAGAACGGUGGUGCUGAAAUCAUGCACUACAUUGUGGAGAAACGUGAGACCAGUCGCCUCGCCUGGACUCUUGUCUAUGGUGACAUGAAGGCAACCACCUGUAAAGUAACCAAACUGCUCAAAGGAAAUGAAUACAUCUUCAGAGUCAGGGGAGUCAACAAAUAUGGGGAGGGCGAGGCUCUGGAAAGUGAGCCAGUAAAGGCCUUGGAUCCAUUCACUGUGCCUGCCUCGCCCACUAAUGUUCAGGUCACCUCAGUUACAGGUGAGGCAAUGACCAUCUGUUGGGAAAGACCAACGUCUGAUGGUGGCAGCAGUAUCUCUGGCUAUGUCAUUGAAAAGCGAGAGAAGACUGGCCUUCGCUGGUGCCGUGUCAACAAGAAACCUGUUUACGAUCUCAGAGUCAAAGCUUCACACCUUCGUGAAGGCAGUGAGUAUGAAUACAGAGUUUUUGCAGAGAACGCUGCUGGCCUUAGUGCUCCCAGCAUCCCUUGCCCACUCACCAAGGCUGAAGACCCACAGUUCCUGCCUUCACCUCCUGCUAAGCCUAAGCUCAUCGACUCUACAAAGACCACAGUCACCCUGUCAUGGAAUAAGCCAUUAUUUGAUGGCGGAGCACCUGUCACCGGUUACAGAGUGGAAUACAGGAAUACUUUAGAUGAUGAAUGGAUUGUUGGAGUCCAGAAUACCAAGAACACAGAGUUUACAGUGGUUAAAUUGACAGCUGGUGCCGAAUACGUGUUUGUUGUCAAGUCCAUUAACAAGAUUGGAGUCAGUGAGCCCAGUCCUGAGACGGACAAACAAAUCGCCAAAGAAAGAGUAGAAGAGCCGGUCUUUGACAUCAGCAAUGAGAUGAGGAAGACUCUUAUUGUGAAGGAUGGAAGCUCAUUUACCAUGACAGUGCCCUUCAGAGGCAAACCCAUCCCCAGUGUUACGUGGUCUAAGCCUGAUGUUGACCUUAGAGUUCGUGCUGCCAUUGAAACCACAGACACCUUCACGUCUAUCACCGUGGAGAAAGCAACUCGCGACGACUCCGGAAAAUACACCAUCACCUUGUCUAGCGUAGUUGGAACAACCUCCGCGACACUCAAUGUUCGAGUUUUGGAUUCCCCUGGACCUCCUGCCCGUAUAGAGGUCAAGGACGUGACGAGGACCUCUGCUACUGUAACCUGGGACACUCCUGACAAUGAGGGCGGCGGACCAGUCAAGAACUACCUUAUUGAUAUCCGUGAGGCCAGCAAGAAAGGCUGGACCAGGUUGACCGACACAUGCCACAGAAUGACAUACAAGGUAACAGACGUGCAGGAGGGAGAAGUCUACUACUUCAGAGUGACGGGCGAGAAUGAGUACGGUGUUGGGGUUUCUGCUGAGACCACAGUAGGAACCAAGAUCACAGAAAAACCAAGCCCACCACCCAAGCUGGGUGUCACUGAUGUGACCAAGGAGAGCGUCUCGCUGGCCUGGGCUAAACCAGAACAUGACGGAGGCAGCAGAAUUACUGGGUACCUGGUGGAAGCUCUGGAGAACGGCCAGGAGAAGUGGGUUAAAUGUGGUGUAACCAAGUUCGUACACUUGACGGUGUCUGGUCUGAGGGAGAACGCUGAGUACUUCUUCAGAGUCAGAGCAGAGAACCACGCUGGUUUCAGUGAUAUUAAGGAAAUGCUAACCCCAGUAGUGGUCAAAGACCAGUUUGAAUCUCCUGAGAUCGACAUGAAGGACUUCCCCCACAACACCGUGUAUGUAAGAGCCGGCUCUACGCUCAAGUGUGAGAUUCCUCUGACCGGCCGGCCUUUGCCUAAAGUCUCCCUGUCCAAGGAUGACGUGCCUCUAAAGUCAACAAUGAGGUUCAACUCUGAAGUCACCCCUGACAGCAUCAAGAUCAUUUUGCGCGAGAGCAUUGCUGGAGACACAGGACGCUACGACAUCACCGCCUCCAACUCCAAUGGAACCACCAAAUCCUUUUUGAACAUUAUGGUUCUGGACCGCCCCAGUGCCCCAGUUGGACCUGUGGAGCUCUUUGAUGUCACAGAGGACAGUGUGAGCCUGAACUGGCUCCCACCGACAUAUGAUGGUGGCAGCCCCAUCACCAACUACAUCAUCCAGAAGAGAGAGACAACCAAUGCCAACUGGAUGGAUGUUUCAUCGGCUGUGGCCCGGUGCACCAUGAAGAUCAUGAAGCUGACCACAGGCCUUGAGUACCAGUUCAGAAUCAGGGCUGAGAACAGAUAUGGAAUCAGUGAGCACAUUGACUCUCCAACUGUCGCUGUCAAUCUUCCUUACACUAUUCCUGAAGCUCCGUCAACUCCGGAGAUCACCAACGUGACUCGGGAGACCGUCACCGUAGCCUGGAAGGAGCCAAAGUCCGACGGCGGCAGCCACGUGUUUGGCUACCAUCUCCAGAUGAAAGACAGGAACAGCAUCCUUUGGCAGAGAGUCAACAAAACGGUGAUCCGUGCCACACACUUCAAGGUCACCAACAUCAACGCCGGACUCAUUUAUGAGUUCAAGGUGGCAGCAGAGAACGCGGCUGGAAUCAGCGCCUUCAGCAAGAUCUCUGAUGCAGUUCUGGCUAUCGAUGCCUGCGAGCCACCCAUCGACUUGCGUAUAAGUGACAUCACCAAGAACACCAUCAGCCUGGUGUGGCACAGGCCCAACUACGACGGCGGCUCCCCGAUCACGGGGUACAUCAUUGAGAAGAGAGAAGGCAUCAGUGCCAAGUGGUCCAAGGCUAACCUCACCAACGUCACCAACACCCGCUUCGCCGUGACCGGCCUAACACAAGACGAGUCGUACGAGUUCAGAGUUUUGGCGAGGAACGCCGUCGGCUCCGUGAGUAACCCGUCCGUAACCGCGGGACCAGCCACCUGCGUGGACACCUACGGUGCACCAGAGAUUGAAAUACCUCAGGAGUACUUCAGCGAGGUGAAGUACAGGGCUGAGUCUAAUGUGGAGCUCAAGUUCAACAUCACAGCCAAACCUGCUCCCACCAUCGAGUGGUUUAAGGACGGCAGGGAGCUGCAGCCCAGUGCCCAGCUCGCUUUCAAACACACAUUUGAGUCCACCAGCUUGUUCCUGAAGGACACCACCCGGCUGAACUCUGGGCUGUACGAGGUCAGGGUGAAGAACUCCUUGGGAACCGCAUGUGCCACUGUCAGGCUGCUCAUUCAAGACAAGUCUGGCCCCCCUGCUGGAGAGAUCCAGUUCAAGAAGGUGACCGCCAACAACAUCACCAUCAUGUGGUCCCCUCCUGCCGACGAGGGCGGCGCCAUGGUAACGCAUUACAUCGUUGAGAAGAGGGAGACGAGCAGAGUCAUGUGGUCCAUCGUCUCGGAGAAACUGGUCGAUUGCAUUGUCAACGUGCCCAGACUCAUCCCGGGCAACGAGUACAUCUUCAGGGUCCGCGGAGUCAACAAGUACGGCAUCGGGGACCCGCUGGAGUCCGAGCCCAUCAUCGCCAAGAACGCAUUUGUUCCUCCAAGCGAGCCAUCUAAGCCCAAAGUGACCAUGAUCACCAAGUCCACCAUGACGGUGAUCUGGGAGAGACCAGCCCUGGAUGGAGGCAGCGACAUUGACGGCUACUAUCUGGAGAAGAGGGAGAAGAAGAGUCUACAGUGGUUCAAGGUGGUGAAGGGAACCAUCCGAGACACCAGGCAGAAGGUCACCGGCCUGGUGGAGAACUGGGAGUACCAGUACCGGGUCUGUGCCGUCAACAAGGCCGGAGCAGGGAACUACUCGGAGGCUUCUGAACUCUACAAGGCCUACGACCCCAUCGAUCUGCCCGGGGAGCCUUCCAAGCUGCGUGUCCUGGACUCCACAAAGACAUCCAUCACCCUCGGCUGGGAGAAGCCGGUCUACGAUGGCGGCAGUGAAAUCACGCACUACAUUUUGGAACAAAUGAACACAGAGGAAAAAGAAUGGGUGAUCACCAACCCCCAGGUCAAGGGAUGCGAGUAUGUGGUGUCUCACCUCAAACCUGGAGUCUACUACUUCUUCAGAGUCUCUGCUGUCAACUGCAAGGGCAAAGGAGAAGACAUCAAGCUCUACCAGCCUCUGCAAGCCAAAGAUGUCUUGGAGGAGGCCGAUUUGGACUUGGAUGUUCCCAUGACGACCCAGUACACAGCCAGGGCCGGCCGUGACGUGGAAGUGUUUAUCCCUCUGAAGGGACGCCCCGCUCCCGGCGUCACGUGGCGCCGUGGUGACCGCAACAUCGCCGGUGACAACCGCUACACCAUCACCAACACCGAGCGAGCCACCACGCUCCUCAUCCCCAAGGUUACCCGUGAUGACCGCGGCAAGUACCUGCUGGAGAUCGAGAACGGCGUUGGAGAACCCAAGAUAAUCACCGUCUCCCUUAAAGUUCUGGACAGUCCGGCCACGUGCCAGAAACUGAUGAUGAAGAACGUGACGAGAGGGAAGCUGACGCUGAGCUGGGAGGCUCCUCUCAUCGAAGGCGGGUCCCCCGUCACGCAUUACAUCGUGGAGAAGAAGGCGUCCACCAUGAAGGCGUACCAGGUGAUCUGUGCCGAAUGUACCAACACCACUUACAAGGUGUCAGGCCUGGAGGAGGACGUAGCGUACUUCUUCCGUGUGUCUGCUGAAAAUGAGUACGGUGUGGGAGACACCUGCGAAACCACAGAGCCUGUAAGAGCCACCGAAACCCCCGGAGCCGUUAAAAACCUGGUAAUGCUGGACUCUACGAAGACAUCCGUGACCCUGCAGUGGACUAGGCCGGACCACGACGGCGGUAGCCACAUCACCGAAUACAUCGUUGAAAAGAGAUCCCAGGAAGAUCCCACAUGGACUUUGGGUGGGACAUGCAAGCGCUUCACCUGCGAGGUGACGGGGCUGAAAGAGAACGCUGUCAUGGACUUCAGGGUGUUCGCCAAGAAUGAGAAAGGCAACAGUGACUUCUCUCUGAUUGGCCCUAUCAUCGUAAAGGACUUCAUCAUUCUACCUGAGGCCAACCUCAUUGACUACCCCAACGGAGAGCUUCCUGUUCGUAUUGGUCAGAACAUCCACAUUGAGUUGCCCUUCAAGGGUAAACCAAAACCUGCAAUCAGCUGGCUGAAGGAUAACUUGCCCCUGAAGGAAAGUGACAAGAUUCGCUUCAGGACUACAGACAACAAGACUGCAGUCACGGUCAGAGGAGCCAAGAAGGAGCAUGCUGGCCAGUACACCUUGGUUCUGGACAACAGAGUCGUCAAGAACUACUUUGACAUCAAUGUGACCAUAUUGUCCCCCCCAUCGGUGCCUGUUGGUCCCAUCCGUUUUGAUGAGAUUAAGGCCCAGAGCAUCAUCAUUUCCUGGGAUGAGCCACAGGACAACGGGGGCGGUGAGAUCACGUGCUACAGCGUGGAGAAGCGGGAGACCUCCCACGCUAACUGGAAGAUGGUUUGCUCCAGUGUCGUCAGGGCUAACUUCAAGAUCCCCAACCUGGUCAAGGGAAGUCAGUACCAGUUCAGAGUCCGUGCAGAGAACAAGUAUGGAGUGAGCGAAGCCCUCACCUCCACAGAAGUUGUUGCCCAGCACCAGUUCAAACCUCCAGGGCCCCCAGCAAAACCAGUGGCCUUUAACAUCACCUGUGACGGUAUGACCAUUAAGUGGGAGGCCCCAGCCUUUGAUGGAGGAUCCCCCAUUUUGGGCUAUCAUGUUGAAAAGAAGGACAGAAACAGCCUCCUGUGGCAGAAGGUGAACUCCACCAUCAUCUCCAAACGAGAGUACAGGAUCAUUGGUCUCAUUGACGGUCUGGAGUACUCCUUCAGAGUUUACGCUGAGAACAACGCCGGACUUAGUCCUGUUAGCGAACAGAGCAAACAUGCACUCGCUGUCUCCCCUGUUGAUCCACCUGGCACCCCCGUCUGCAUCGAUGUGACCAGAGAUUCCGUCACCCUGCAGUGGGAGAUCCCCAAGAGGGACGGUGGAAGCAACAUCGUGGGCUACAGCGUGGAGAGACGCCAAGGCCGAGGCAAAUGGCUCCGAUGCAACUUCACCGACAUCUGCGAGACCCAGUUCACGGUCACGGGUCUGGCUGCCGGGGACAGAUUCGAGUUCAGGGUUAUUGCCAGGAAUGCUGUGGGCACCGUCAGUCCACCAUCCAACUCGUCUGGAUCCAUUAUGACCAAGGACGAGAGCAUUUCCCCUGAUAUUGAGUGGUCUCCAGACCAAGCUCUUACCCUGAGGGCCGGUGAGAAUGUUAAGCUCAGCUGCAGAAUCACUGGACGUCCCCUCCCCCAGAUCAUCUGGUACAAAGACGGCAAAGAGGUGGACAAGAGGACCAUGUUUGACAUUGAGAUUACCACCGGCAUCGGCACCAGCAGCGUUUUUGUUCGCGAUGCUGACAGGAGCCAUCGUGGCAUCUACACUAUCGAGGCCAGGAACAGCUCCGGCUCCAAGAAAGCUGAAGUCAAUGUCAGAGUACAAGAUACCCCCGGACCUGUCGACGGUCCCAUCCGUUUCACCGGCAUCACUGCUGAGAAGUGCACAGUGUGGUGGAACCCGCCGGAGAACGACGGCUGCGCCGCCAUCACCCACUAUGUGGUGGAGAAGAGGGAGACGUCUAGGAUCUCCUGGGCCACCGUCACCUCUAAAUGUGAAGCCUGUUCCUACAACGCCGCCAACCUCAUCAAGGGCAACGAGUACCAGUUCAGGAUCUCGGCUGUCAACAAGUUCGGUGUUGGCAAACCGCUUGACUCUGAUGCCUUCAUUGCACAGAUGCAAUACACUGUGCCCGACGCCCCUGGUACCCCCGAUGCCACCCAUGUGACAGGAACCAGCAUCACGUUGUGCUGGACCAGGCCGAGGACGGACGGAGGCAACGAGAUCAAGCACUACAUCCUGGAGAGGAGGGAGAAGAAGAGCCUGCGCUGGCUGAAGGUGUCCUCCAAGAGGCCCAUCACAGAGCUAAGACACCGGGUCACCAACCUAACCGAGGGCAACGAGUACGAGUUCCGCGUCAUGGCUGAGAACGGCGCCGGCAUCGGACCAACUAGCAGCACGUCCAGGCUCUUUAAAUGCAGGGAACCAACCAGCGCUCCCAGCGCCCCCACACUAAUCAAGGUGACUGACUCCACCAAGUCCUCCGUCAGCCUGGAAUGGACCAAGCCCGUGUUUGACGGCGGCUUGGAGAUCAUUGGCUACAACAUCGACAUGUGCAAGGCCAGUCUGGAGGAGUGGCACCGAGCCAACAACCAGCUGUGCAUCCACACCAGAUACACCGCCAAGGGCCUGACGCCUGGCGAGCUCUACAAGUUCAGGGUUAGUGCCGUGAACAAGUCCGGAGAGGGCGACGCCUCCGUGUUGGCGAGCGCCGUCCAGGCUCUGGACCGACUGAGAUCUCCCGAGAUCGACAUCGAUUCCAACUUCAAGCAGACUCACAUUGUGAAGAACGGCGGCACCGUCACACUCCAGAUCGCCUUCCACGGCAAACCAGCUCCCCUCGCCACCUGGUCCAAGGUAGACGGGGAUCUUCCUGUCAUGGGCGACAUCAACACCACAGACUGCAUGUCGACUCUGACCAUUGAGGGGUGCACCAGGUACGAAGCUGGCAAAUACACCCUGUCCCUGGAGAACAACAGCGGGCGCAAGGCCAUCACGUUCACCGUCAAAGUCCUGGACACGCCCGGACCCCCCGGAGCGAUCAACUUCAAAGACAUCACUCGCGGAGCAUUGACCAUGAUGUGGGACGCCCCAACCAAUGACGGCGGAGCCCGCAUCCACCACUACAUAGUGGACAAACGCGAGGCAAGCCGCCUGGCCUGGCAGGAAGUCAGCACCAAGUGCUCACGGCAGAUGAUUAAGGUGACCGGGCUGGACGUUGGGGUGCCGUAUCUGUUCAGGGUGAUCGCCGUGAACCAGUACGGCCAGGGAGAACCUCAUGAGAUGACGGAGCCCAUCAUCGCCACGGAGGAACCCUCUCCGCCCAAGAGACUCGACGUUGUCGACACAACCAACUCCUCGGCCUCCCUGGUGUGGCUGAAGCCUGAGCACGACGGAGGCAGCCGCAUCCGAGGCUACAUCGUUGAGUUCAGAGCUAAAGGCACCGACCGCUGGGUUGUUGGCGGAGAGACCAAAUCCCAGAAGAUGCUUUUGGAGGGUCUGACUGAGAACACAGAGUACGACUUCAGAGUCAAAGCCAAGAACGACGCAGGGACCAGCGAGCCGCAGGGCACCUUCGGCUCCGUGGUCAUCAAGGAGCCCCGCAUUGAACCGACCGCCGACCUUAGCGGCAUCACCAACCAGCUGGUCACCUGCAAGAUGUCCAACACCUUCACCAUCGACAUCCCCAUCAGCGGACGGCCGGCACCCAAAGUCACCUGGAAGCUGGAGGAGAUGAAGCUGAAAGAGAGCGACCGGGUCUCCAUCAGAACCACGAAGGAGUCCACCACCCUGGUGGUGAGAGACAGCAAGAGGAGCGACAGCGGCAAGUACUUCCUGAUCUUAGAGAAUGCCGCCGGCGUCAAAACGUUCACGGUGACCGCGAUGGUGGUCGGCAGACCAACUCCGCCCACAGGCCCCGUGAAGAUCUCUGAGGUGUCGUCCGAGUGCUGCACCCUGUCCUGGGACGAGCCGGCCGACGACGGCGGCAGCGACAUCACCAACUACAUUGUGGAGAAGCGAGAGUCCGGAUCGGCGUCCUGGCAAGUCGUGAACUCCAGCGUGAAGAGGACCACCAUCAAAGUGACUCACCUCACCAAGUACAUGGAGUACACCUUCAGGGUCUGCGCCGAGAACAAGUUCGGAGUCAGCAAGUCCACCGAGUCUGCAGCCGUCGUUAUCGAGCAUCCAUACGUUGCUCCAAGUCCUCCAUCUCGUCCUGAUGUGGUCUCUGUGUCCGCUAACGCCAUCAACAUCAAAUGGGACUUGCCCUACGCCGACGGGGGCAGCAAGGUAUCGGGCUACUGGAUCGAGAAGAAGGAGAGGAACACCAUCCUGUGGGUGAGGGAGAACAAGCUGCCCUGCCUCGAGUGCCAUUACAAGGUGUCCAACCUGAUUGAGGGCCUGGAGUACCAGUUCAGGGUCUACGCCAUGAACAUCUCCGGACUCAGCAAGGCCAGCGAGGCUUCCAGGCCCGUGGUGGCGCUCAAUCCUGUUGAUCCUCCUGGGAAGCCUGAGGUGACGGACAUCACCCACUCCUCCGUGUCCUUGUGCUGGACUGUGCCGGCCAAUGAUGGCGGCAGCAAGAUCGUGGGCUACGUGGUGGAGAGGAAAGUCUACAGCGCAGACGAAUGGGACGACAACCGCUGGCUCAAGUGUAACUACACCACCAUCAGCGAGAACUACUUCACCGUCACCAACCUGGGGGAGGGGGAGACCUAUGAGUACCGCAUCAUUGCCAAGAACGCCGCAGGAGUCCACAGCGCUCCCUCCGACAUCAUCGGACCAAUCACGUGCAAGGACGAAUACUCGCCUCCGAAGGCAGAGCUGGACAGCAAGCUGGUCGGGGAGACGGUGGUGGUCACCGCCGGCUCGGACCUGGUGCUGGACGGCGCCGUGGGCGGGAAGCCCGAGCCCACGGUGUACUGGUCCAAGGGAGACAAGAUCCUGGAGCUCGGGGAGAAGUACUCGCUGAGCUACACCUCCACCCGGGCCAUGGCCGUCAUCAAGAGCUGCAACCGCUACGACACGGGCCGCUACGUCCUCACGGUGAAGAACGCCGGCGGAGUCAAGAUGGCCGCCGUCACCGUCAAAGUCCUGGACACCCCCGGCGCUCCGGCCGAUAAGAUCACCAUCAGCAGGGUGACGGAGGAGAAGUGCACCGUCUCCUGGAAGAUUCCUCUGGAGGACGGCGGGGACAUCGUGUCCCACUACAUCGUGGAGCGCCGCGAGACCAGCCGCCUCAACUGGGUCAUCAUGGAGAGCGAGUGCAAGACGCUGUCCUGCGUCAGCAGCCGGCUGAUCAAGAACAACGAGUACGUGUUCCGGGUCCGAGGAGUCAACAAGUACGGCGUCGGCGUCCCCCUUGAGUCCGAACCCGUCAUCGCCAGGAACGCCUACACCAUCCCGUCCCAGCCGGGCACCCCCGAGGCCACGGGCGUGGCUAAAGAGCACGUCGUCAUCGAGUGGCUGAAGCCCGAGAGUGACGGAGGCAGCGAGAUCAAGACUUACCUGGUUGACAAACGGGAGGCCAGCAGCACCAGCCUGAUUCUGAACCCUUCUCCACCCUGGUUAGAAAUGCCGGACCUGGAGCUGGCCGAGGACCUGAAGAAGACGGUGUGCGUGCGCGCCGGAGGAACCCUGCACCUGGUGGUGCACGUGGGCGGGCGCCCGACCCCCGUGGUGACCUGGAGGAAGACGGGGGUGGAGCUGCAGCGCCGCGGCUACAUCGAGACCACCGAGAGCUCCACCUCGCUAAUGAUGGAGAAGGUCAACCGCUACGACUCGGGCAAAUACAUCGUGGAGGCGGAGAACCCGUCUGGCAAGAAGACCGCCAUCAUCCUGGUUAAGGUCUACGACACCCCCGGUCCCCCCGGUGCCGUGAAGGUGAAGGACUACACCAAGGAGUCGGUGGUGAUCACGUGGGACGUCCCGAGCAUCGACGGCGGCGCCCACAUCAGCAACUACAUCGUGGAGAAGCGCGAGGCGACCAUGAAGUCGUACCGGACGGUGACCACCGAGUGCCGGAAGACGCUGUUCCGCAUCGGCGGCCUGGAGGAGGGCGUGCACUACUUCUUCAGGGUGCUGCCGGAGAACAUCUACGGCGUGGGCGAGCCCUGCGAGACCGCCGAGGCCGUGCUGGUGUGCGAGGUGCCGUCGGUGCCUCAGGACCUGCAGGUGCUCGACGUGAUGCCGAAGAUCGACAUGACCAACAUCCCUCAGAAGAUCGUGUACGUGCACCGCGGCAAACCCAUCGACCUGAACCUGCCGAUCAGCGCCAGGCCGCUGCCCGUCUGCUCCUGGUUCUUCGGCGGCGCCAAGCUGAAGGACAGCCUGGACCGCAUCAAGAUCGACAGCAGCGCCAAGUCCAGCCGCCUCGUCAUCCGCGAGACCACCAUCAACGACACCGGGCGCUACUCGCUGGAGGUGAAGAACGCCGUCGGCACGGCAACCGAGGUCAUCAAGGUCAUCAUCCUCGACAAGCCCGGCGUCCCGGUGGGACCGGUGAAGAUCGAGGAGACUGACGGCGUGUCGGUGACGGUCAGCUGGGAACCGCCGGAGAAGGACGGCGGCGCCAACGUCAGCGGCUACGUGGUGGAGCAGCGCGACGCCCACCGCCCGGGCUGGGUCACCGUCUCAGAGUCGGUCACGCGGCCCUGCUACAAGUUCACCAGGCUGACCGAGGGAACCGAGUACGUGUUCCGCGUCGCCGCCAUGAACCGCUUCGGCGUCGGCAGCUUCCUGCAGUCGGAGGUGGUGGAGUGCAAGAGCCCGAAGACGGUCCCGGGACCCCCCAGCAGGCCGGAGGUCCUGGACGUGACCCACGAGGGCAUGACGCUGACGUGGCGCCCCCCCGAGGACACCGGUGGCUCCACCAUCGCCGGCUACAUCAUCGAGCGCAAGGAGGCGGGCUCGGAGCGCUGGAUGAAGAUCAGCAAGAACCCCGUCACCAUGACGCGGUUCCGGUCCUCGGGCCUGAUCGAGGGCCUGGAGUACGAGCACCGCGUCACCGCCAUCAACUCCAGGGGGGAAGGCAAGCCCAGCGAGGCCUCCGCCAUCACCGUCGCCAUGGAUCCCAUCGAGCCUCCAGGGGUCCCGGUCCAGCCCCGAGUCACCGACUCCACCCGGAGCUCCGUGUCCCUGGCCUGGCUGCCGCCCGAGGAGGAGGGCGGCUCCGUCAUCACCGGGUACUUCAUCGAGAUGCAGAAGGUGGACCAGGUGGAGUGGACCCUGUGCAACACCACGCCCACCAAGAUGUGCGAGUACACACUGACCCACAUGCCGCAGGGCGCCGAGUACAAGUUCCGGGUCGUGGCGUGCAACGCCGGCGGCACCGGGGAGCCCGCGGAGGUUCCUGGAGUCGUCAAAGUCCAGGAGAUGUUGGAUUAUCCCGACUACGAGCUGGAGCGUAAGUACGAGGAGGGCUACGUGGUGCGGCAGGGCGGAGUCAUCCGUUUGUCCGUGCCCAUCAAGGGUAAACCCUUCCCGACGUGCAAGUGGACGAAGGACGGCCGCGACAUCUCGCACCGCGCCAUGAUCGCCACGCACGAUGACAUCACCGAGCUGGUCAUCAAAGAGGCACACAAAGAUGACACGGGCAGCUACGACCUGGUGCUGGAGAACAAAUGUGGCCGGAAGGCCGUCUACAUCAAGGUGAAGGUGAUUGGACGCCCCGACGUCCCAGAAGGCCCUCUGGAGUUUGACGACAUUCAGAUCCGAUCGGUGCGGGUCAGCUGGAGGCCGCCGUCGGACGAUGGCGGCGCCGACAUCCUGGGCUACAUCGUGGAGCGGCGCGAGGUCCCGAAGGCCGCCUGGUGCACGGUGGACUCGCGGGUUACCGAGACCUCUCUGGUGGUGAAGGGCCUGAAGGAGAACGUGCAGUACCACUUCAGGGUUUCCGCUGAAAACCAGUUUGGCGUCAGCAGAUCUCUGAAGUCGGAUGAGGCCGUCACGCCGAAAACACCACUGUGCCCACCAGAACCUCCCAGCAACCCUCCAGAGAUCAUGGAGGUAACCAAGACAACGGUGUCUCUGUCCUGGGCCCGGCCCAGGGACGACGGCGGCUCCCGCAUCACAGGUUACUACGUGGAGAGGAGGGAGGUGUCGACCGAGAAGUGGGUCCGACACAACAAGACCCACAUCACCACAACCAUGUACAAUGUCAGCGGCCUCAUCCCCGACGCCGAGUACAUGUUCAGGGUGGUGGCGCAGAACGAAGUCGGGCUGAGCGAAGCCGGGCCCGCCUCGGAGUCCGUGGUCUGCAAAGAGCCUUUCGACAAACCUAGCCAGCCGGGAGAGAUUGACAUCAUCUCCGUGACCAAAGACUGCAUCACCAUCCACUGGCUGCGGCCGGAGCACGACGGCGGCAAAGAGAUCCUGGGCUACUGGAUCGAGUUCAGGCAGGCCGGAGAGACCGCCUGGAAGAAAUGCACCAAGGAACGCUCAAAGGACCGCCAGUUCACCAUGGGCGGCCUGAUGGAAGCCACCGAGUACGAGUUCAGGAUCUUCGCUGAGAACGAGACCGGACUGAGCCGACCACGCCGCACGCCAAUGGGCAUCAAGACCAAACUGAGCGUUGGUGAGGCUCCAGCUCUGAAGGAAGACGUCCAGGACGUCACCACCAAGCUCGGCGAGUCGGGCACGCUGACCUGCGGCAUCGUCGGCAGACCGCUGCCCGAGAUCAAGUGGUACCGCUACGGCAAGGAGCUGAUCCAGAGCCGCAAGUACAAGAUGAGCUCGGACGGGCGUAACCACUCGCUGAGCAUCCUGACGGAUGAGCAGGAAGACGAGGGCCAGUACAGCUGCAGGGCCGUCAACGAGGCCGGAGAGGUGGAGGCCAGCGGCAAGCUGCGCCUGCAGGCGGCGCCGCAGUUCCACCCCGGCUUCCCUCUGAAGGAGAAGUACUUUGCCGGCGCCGGCACCAGCCUCCGCCUCCACGUCGUCUACAUCGGACGCCCCAUCCCCCAGAUCAUGUGGUUCUACGGCAAGAAGCCUCUGAACGCCUCCGAGAACGUAAUCAUUGAAAACACCGAGAGCUACACCCACCUGGUGGUGAGGAACGUCCAGAGGAAGACCAACGCCGGCCGCUACAAGGUGCAGCUCAGCAACGUGUACGGAACCAUCGACACCGUGCUCCGCGUGGAAAUCCAAGAUAAACCAUGCAUCCCCGAGGGCCCCAUUGUUGUUGAAGGUCUGCGGAAGAGCUCCAUCAUCAUCAGCUGGAAGCCUCCCAAAGACGACGGUGGCUCCAUGAUCACCAACUACAUUGUGGAGAAACGCGAGGCCAAAGAAGGCGAGCAGUGGAAUCUGGUGUCCUCCUCCGUCUCUGGCACCACCUGCCGUGUCCCCAACCUGAUUGAGAGCGCCGGAUACUACUUCAGAGUCUCUGCCCAGAACCAGUACGGAGUCAGCGAGUCUCUGGAGAUCCCGUCCGUGGUCAUCAUUAAGAGUCCAUUUGAAAAACCUGGCAUCCCACAGCAGCCAUUCAUCAUCAGCUCCACCAAGGACUCGUGCGUCGUGUGCUGGAAGCCUCCGAGCAGCGACGGCGGUGCUAAAAUCACCAGCUACUACCUGGAGAAACGUGAGAAGAAGCAGAACAAGUGGAUGUCAGUGACCAGUAAGAAAUUUGUGGAGACCAGCUUCGAGGUCACGGCGUUGCUCGAGGGCUUUGAAUACGAGUUCCGUGUCAAGUGUGAGAACAUGGGCGGCGAGAGCGACUGGAGCGAGAUCUCAGCGCCAAUCAUCCCCAAGUCCGACCAGGCUCCUCGCGCUCCCGCCUUCAGGGAGGAGAUCAGGGACAUGACCGUCAAAUACCACGCCAAUGCCACAUUUGUCACCAAGGUGGUGGGAUAUCCCAAACCUGUGGUCAAAUGGUACCGCAGUGGAAAGGAGAUCCAGGCCGAUGGAACUAAGAUCAAAGCCCAGGAGUUCAAGGGUGGCUACUACCAGCUGGUCAUUGUCUCAGCCGACGAGACGGACGCUACAGUUUACCAAGUCAGAGCAACCAACUCAUCAGGAUCCAUCUCUACAACUGCCAACCUGGAGGUGGAAGUUCCUGCUAAGAUCCACCUGCCUAAGGAGCUCCAGGGAAUGGGAUCAGUCAACGCUGUCCGUGGGGACAACAUCACCAUCAAGAUCCCCAUCUCUGGCAAACCGGAGCCAGCAAUUACUUGGCAGAAGGGUCAGGAGAUUCUCUCCAACUCUCUGUAUCACCAAGUCAUUACUACGAGGUCAUUCACGUCCCUCGUCUUCCAGAAGGGAGUGCAGAGGAAGGACACUGGCUACUACAUCAUUACUGCAAAGAACAGGUUCGGUACGGACAAACAAACCAUUGAGGUGAACGUGGCCGACAUACCUGAGCCCCCAAAGGGACUCGUUGUCAGCGACAUUACCAGGGACUCCAUCACGUUGACCUGGGAGCCUCCUGCCAACGACGGCGGAAGUGAAAUCAUUGGCUACAUCGUGGAGAAAUGUCCCACAACUGCGGACAGAUGGAUCCGCGCAGGACACACUGCUGACUGCAGCAUCACAAUCAUCAACAUGUUCGGAAAGACCAAGUACCAGUUCCGUGUCAUCGCCGAAAACCAGUUUGGCCUGAGCGCUCCUUGUCAGCCGACUGAGCCAAUCACGACAAAGGAAGACACGUCCGUGAUCAGGAAUUAUGACGAGGAAGUGGACGAAACCAGGGAGGUUACCAAGGAGGAGGCUUUGUCCUACAAGGUAAAGGAGCUUUCAUCCAAGUACGUCAUCUCUGAGGAGCUUUCUCGCUGCCAGUUUGGAGUGGUCCACCGCUGCACGGAGAUCGCCACCAAGAAGACCUUCAUGGCCAAGUUCAUCAAAGUCAAAGGAACCGACCGUGAGUUGGUUCUCCGAGAAAUCGAAGCCUUAAAUGUAGCAAGGCACAAGAAUGUCAUCUAUCUGCAUGAAUACUUUGAAAGCAUGGAGGAGAUCAUCCUGAUCUUUGAAUUCAUCUCUGGAGUGGACAUCUUUGAGCGCCUCGGCACCAGCAACUUUGAGCUCACAGAGCAGGAGAUUGUCCGUUACCUGAGACAAGUCUGCUCUGCCCUCAAGUUCAUGCACAGCCACAACUUCGGCCACUUCGACAUCCGCCCAGACAACAUUGUCUACACAACAAGGAGAAGCACCAAUGUAAAGAUUAUCGAGAUGGGCCAGGCAAGGCUUCUGGUGCCAGGAGAAAACAUCAGAAUGCUGUUCUCUGCUCCAGAGUACUGCGCCCCUGAGAUCCAUCGUCACGACCUGGUCACAACUGCCACAGAUAUGUGGUCCGUGGGUGUCAUGGCUUACAUUCUGCUAAGUGGCCUUAAUCCGUUUGCAGCAGAGUCCGUCACAAAGAUGAUUGAGAACAUCUCCAACUGUGAGUACAUCUUUGACAGUGAAGCGUUUAGGGACAUCAGCCUGGAGGCUAUGGACUUUGUGGACAGACUUCUAGUGAAAGACAGGAAGCUCCGUAUGACCGCCCACGAGGCUCUGGAGCACCCUUGGCUCAAGAUGAAGAUCGAGAAUGUCAGCACCAAGGUCAUCAGGACAUUGAGACACAGAAGGUACUACCAGACUUUUGCAAAGAGGGUAGAUAUCAUUGUGUCGUCGGCUCGUGUGGCUUACGGUGGUGCCUUCAAGAACCAGAGAGGAUUGGCUGUUGGAAAAGUGAAGAUUGGAAGUGAGUACCAUGGCCUCCGCACCGGUCCAGUCAUGCAUGCCUCAGCUGAGGAAGGCGGCCAUGUCAGAUUCACUUGUAGCAUCACCGACUAUGACAAGAGCACUCAGGCUUCAUGGUUCUUUGGAAACCGCCAGCUCCAUGCAAGUGCUAAGUAUGAAAUCACCUACAGCAACGGUUUUGCCAGCAUCUACGUGAAAGACAUCGAAGAGAGUGACGAUGGUGUGUACAGAUGCAAAGUGGUGAGCGACAACGGAGAGGACAGUGCUUAUGGAGAGCUCUUUGUUGAGACUGUGAGGAGCAUCCGAGAGCACUACAUCAGCCGCUCAAUCAAGAAACUGAGGAGGAGGGUUGACAAGACAAAACUCCUGCAGAGACCGCCAGAGUUCACUCUGCCUCUCUACAAUCGCUCUGCCUACAUCGGUGAAGACGUGCGCUUCGGCGUCACUAUCACCGUGCACCCGGAGCCUCACGUGACGUGGCUGAAGAACGGAGAGAGGAUUAAGGCGGGCGACGACGAUCGCAAGUACACGUUCACCAGCGAUAAGGGCCUGUACCAGUUAAUGAUCCACAACCUGGACAUGAACGACGAUGCAGAGUACACAGUCAUGGCCAACAACAAGUUUGGAGAAGAUAGCUGCAAGGCACGUCUCACCGUGACACCUCAUCCUGUGACUGAGGAAACUAUGAGGCCCAUGUUCAAACGUCUGCUGGCUAACGUUGAGUGUGUUGAGGGACACAGUGUACGCUUUGAGCUCAGAGUCUCAGGUAUUCCAACUCCAACUCUGAAAUGGCAGAAGGACGGUCAUGCGCUUGAGUUUGGUCCCAAAGUUGUUGUCAUACAGGAGGACCUCGACUACUAUGUCUUGCACAUUAGAGACACUUUGCUCGAGGACUCCGGUGUAUACACUGUGACUGCAACCAACUGUGCCGGCUCUGCAAGCUGCCAGGCUACCCUAAAGGUGGACCGCCUCACCUACACCAGGAGAGAGUACAAGAGCGAGGAGGAGAAACACAGACACGUACAGAAACAAAUAGAAAAGACCCACAAGAUGGCUCUGCAGAUUGUCGCCACUGAGGAGCUCGUACCACUCAACCCAACGGCCCAGGAGGCGCUCAAAUUUGCUUCAGAGAUGUACAAGCCCGCCGUGAGCACCAAGAACGUCGAAGGCGAGUUUGACAUCACUGUUGAGAAGUCUGAGACGAAGAAGUUGGAGGAGGAGAGGAGGAUCUUCAUGCCAUAUGAGAUCCCCGAGCCUGUGGUUCACGAUCCCAGAGCUUUGGAUGAGGACAAGGGUAUCAAACUGUUUGUGCCUCUCUCUGACAUGAAGUGGUAUCGAAAGCUGAAAGACCAGUACGAGGUUUCGGAGAAGAUGGAGAGGAUCGUGCAGAAGAGGCAAAGACGUAUACGCCUGUCCAGGUGGGAACAGUUCUAUGUAAUGCCCCUUCCGAGAAUCAGUGACCAGUACAGGCCAAGAUGGCGUAUCCCGAAACUCACUCAGGAUGAUUUGGAGAUCGUCAGGCCCGCCCGCCGAUCACCUUCUCCUGAAUCCGAGAUAUCCUUUAGAUCCAGAAGGAGAUCUCUGGGAGACAUGAGUGACGAGGAGCUGCUGAUGCCCGUGGAUGACCACCUUUCCAUGAGGAAAACCGAGGAAGAGAAAAUGAUGCUGGAGGAUGAGCUGGAGCUCGGCUUUUCAGCCUCUCCGACCCGCAGCCCUGUCCGCAUUAAGCGCCGUGCCGUGGAACUCAAAGAGAGGCGUCAGGAAGUCAGGCACGAGUCUGUUGAGGUUUCUGAGACAAAGAAGAAACGCACCGUUUCUCAGUUCAUGAGGAGGAGAAGGUCUCUGUCUCCUACAUACAUUGAGCUCAUGCGUCCCGUCUCCGACCUGAUCAGACCGUCACGUGCCAAGCUCCCGGUGGAGGUGGAGGGAGAGGCAGUGGUGCGGAGGUCCCCCACGCCAGAGAGGACGCGUCCUCGCUCUCCUAGCCCCAUCAGGUCCGUGGAGAGGUCAUCCCGCUCCUCCUCCAGGUUUGAGCGUUCCGCCCGCUUCGACAUCAUGUCCCGCUACGAGGCAAGAAAGGCUGCUCUGAAGUCCGAGAGGAAAUACCAGGUAGUCAGCCAGACGCCUUUCAGUCUGGACCACGCUCCCCGCGUGACAGUCAGGAUGCGCUCUCAUCGCGUACCGAUCGGCCAAGACACCAAGUUCACCCUGAACAUCCAAACCAAGCCAGAGGCCGAGGUCAAGUGGUUCCACAACGGAACUGCAAUCUCCGAAAGCAACGAAAAGUACAUAUUCACCAACAUGGGCGGUGUGUUGUCCAUCACUAUCCUGGAGUGUCAGGAAGACGACAGCGGCACGUACCGCUGCGUGUGCUCCAACGCCAAGGGAGAAGCGUCCGACUACGCCACCCUCGAUGUGUCCGGCAGUGGCUACACCACCUUCUCCUCUCGCCGCAGAGAUGAAGACGUCCAGAAACAAUACGUCCCUGAAGUCACUAAGAUCGACCACUAUCAUACCACACACUUCAAAGCUGGCUACUCUUCCCAGACACACUUGGAGGUAGAAGAGAGCAAGUCUAAAAUAACAGAGACACGUGAAAGAUACGCUGCCUCCUCUGAGAGACACUCAUCUGCCGAGAGGUACGAUGCAUCCAUCAAGUACGCCUCUGCUGAAUACCUGUCAUCUGAUUCCUCCUAUUCAUCGGAGAAGUAUUCUUUGACUGGGAAACGCACCAUGACUGAAGCUAAACUGAAGUCAUCAUCUGCUGCUACAGCUGUGGCCGAGGAAGUUCCUGUACACAAGGUGAAGCCUUCUCUUCCUGCCAAAAUCCUUACCAAACCCCAGUCUGUGACAGUCGCUGAGGGCGAGAGCGCCAGAUUCUCUUGCGACAUCGACGGUGAGCCUUCACCGAGCGUAACGUGGAUACACAAGAGCACAACCAUCGUCUCGUCUCACCAUGUCCACGUUACCACCACGCAGUACAAGUCCAGCAUGGAGAUCUCGUCUGUGAUGGCGUCUGACGAGGGCAGCUACACGGUCGUGGUGGAGAACUCAGCUGGCCGACAGGAGGCUCACUUCACUCUGACGAUCCGCAGAUCAGUUACCAAAGAGGAAGUCAAGGCUGUGAAAUCCCCAGAGCCAUCUGUAAAGUCACCCACUCCGAGUGUGAAAUCUCCGGAGCCCUCCGUCACAUCACCGGCUCCUUCCAUCACUUCCCCUGUCCCCAGCAUCAAGUCACCCACACCAAGCGUCAAGUCUCCCGAACCAAGUAUAAAGUCUCCUGUUUCGAGCGUGAAGUCACCAACGGCGAGCAUGAAGUCUCCAGCGCCCAGCUUAAAAUCACCAUCACUAGGCGUCAAAUCUCCUGAACCCGAGGGAAUUAAGUCACCACGCGGACUAAAAUCCCCUGAACCCAAACUCAAGUCACCACCGCCACCAAUCAAGUCUCCUGAACCUGAGGGAGUGAAAUCAACCCGUGGCAUCAAAUCUCCAGAACCUGCAGGAAUCAAAACACCAAGAGGACUUAAAUCUCCAGAACCGGCGGGAAUCAAAACACUAAGAGGUCUUAAAUCUCCAGAACCUUUAGGCCUCAAAUCCCCAAGAGCCUUAAAGUCCCCUGAGCCCGAGGGAAUCAAAUCACCCCCAAGGAUGAAGUCUCCUCCUCCCCUCAUGUCCCCGAAGAGGGUCGUUUCUCCACCCACCGUCAAAUCCCCAACCCCGAAACCACCCAAAGUCCUAAGUCAGCUGACAGCCGAGGCGAGCGAAGGCUCGGUGCGGAUGUCCUGCGUCUGCGAGAGCAGCGUCAAGGCGGUGGUGUGGUAUGUCAACGGGAGGAGGCUUUCACAAAGCAGCCGCUUUGAGAUGCGCUACUCAGAGGGCUCUUGCAGCCUUCUGAUCUGUGACCUGGCAGACAGCGAUCAAGGAGAGUACACCUGUGAGAUGACGUCAGAGGGAGGAGUGUCCAAAUCCUCCUUCUCCUUCACAGGACAGGCGUUCCAGUCCAUACGGAUGAAGGUCACAGCCUACCGUGAGCAGCAGCAACUGGCAGUUAAAGGAUCCAUGGCGAUGAGCCAGAAGGAGUCAUCUUCAUCCAUGAGCUCAUCCAUGAUGAUGAAGAAAGAGAUGCACGUGAUGGAGGAGUCGUCCUCCUUCUCUUCCUCCGCCCAGCAGGCAAUGAUGUCUUCCAUGAUGGAGUCCAGCUCCUUCAGCAGUAUGGCAGCCGAGAUGAAGUUCGAGACUAUGUCCAUGUCCAGCAUGUCCUCCAUGACGUCCGAGACAUACGCCAUGAGCUCCCAAAGCGAGGGAUCCUCUUUCAGAGCACUCGGUGGCGCUCCGCGGAUCGAGGCUCUGCCGGAGGACAUCAGCAUUGAGCCGGGCAAAGUCCUGACGGUCACCUGCGCCUUCUCCGGCGACGCCAAGCACAUAGAGUGGUCCCGCGGCGGCAGAACCAUCGAGGUGACCGCCGGCGGACGCUUCCACAUCGACACCACGGAGGACCUGACCACGCUCAUCAUCACCGGCGUGAAGGAGGAAGACGCCGGGACCUACACCCUGAAGCUGUCCAACGAGCUCGGCUCGGACACAGCGACGGUGCACAUUAGCAUUCGAUCAGCGUAAAAAAACUUAAAAAAUCAGUCAAUCUUCCCCUCUUCCCUACUUCCAUGCCUUUUUAUUUAUUAAGUAAGCAAAAAAUAAUCUACUUCAUGAAGAUCUGGAUUUCUGUUCUUGUAAAUAUGAACUAUUUUUGUACCAAUCUUGACAUUAAUUUAUGCCAAACUAGACUAAAGUCUGAAGUUGUUAUAAAAUGUGCCUUAUUGGAUAACUAUGACUUAGGAUUUUUGAUCCAUUUUUCUGUGACAUGUACAUAAUGUAUAUAGCCGAAUUGAACGGUUAUGGGAAAUGUAUGCAUUGUUAUUUAUGACAAUAAUAUUAACCGAAACAAAGUGAAACUAAACGUGGCUUAACAGGAGAAAGUUUCCCCCGGAACGAAUACCCUGUUGAGCCAAGAAACUAAACGAUGUGCCUCAACGAUGCGUUGAAGUCUUAAGAUUGCCUCAGCAGGUGGAGAGGCUCCCUGUUGACGUUACUCGAUCCGAGACAGAACUACGUCGGCACCGCGGUGCCGUCGCAUUGGAGGAACAGUGCGAGAUCCUGAGUGCUGUUUGCAUAUACCCUCAUGUAAGCAGGACGACUGGACCUCGCUCUCCUGACUGAUUACGUCGUACCGCUGUUUCAAUGAUGUGCUCACAGUGCGAGCGGCCUGCACUCCCUGAGCACCAGCGUUAUUUUUUGGUUUUGUGCUCCGCUUCUGGCGACCGACCGCUCCCUCGGCUCUGCGGUCGUACCAUCGAACCUGGCAAAUUAAAAAAAAUAAUGAAAAAGAACCAAAGAGUCGGCGUUGCGCUUGCUUGCAGAGGCGGAGCUGUCUCUCGGAGGUCUGCGGUGUGUCUGUGUGGUAGUUUUUAGGAGUUCGGGCGGCACCGGAACCGAACCGGCAGCCGAAAACCAGCCGGCGCGGCGGUGAGCGAGGAAGUGGAGAAACGUGGUGUUGCCCGGCGCUUUGGUUUGGUUGAAGUUAGAGUGUAGCGUUGAGUAUUUUGGCAACCUCCGGGAGUUUGUCUCCAGUUUUGAUUUAAUAAAGCAUGAUUAUCAGCACU